CCAAUCUCUGCGGUAAGGUGUUGUGCCUUAGUUACCGUUAAUGUCGGAUUGAUGGCCAAAAAAUGAUCUCGUUUUCCUUCCUUGAAUUUGGAAUUAAUUAAUUAAAAGUCAGAGGCACGUAAAUAUUCCCGUGUUUAUCAAUUUGGUUUAUUAUAUUAAAUUUAGUAAAUGGGAUGCAUAGACUAGCCUAAAAAUUGUUAAUUAAAAUUUUGUCGAAAGUUGGUUUUACUACCUAGUUGUACUUGUGAACAAUAGUAUUGUCAAUAGUAAUAAUAGUAAAUUAAAAAUUUAUAAGCUAGUACUAGUGAUAGUUAUACUUUAAUAGAAUUAUUAUUUACAUAUAUUUUAUAGUUAUAGUAAGUAUAUAAAGUAGGCCUAUCAUUAGAUUAGAAUUAGACAGCCACUGAGACAGUCCGACAGUAUCGGAUGACACAUUAAUAAUGUAAAACAAUAUUCAAUCAAUGACAUGAUGACGUUAUAUGACUGAGUAGGGCCUAGGCCUUAGUCUUAGUCCUUAGCCUUAGUAGGUUAUUCCAAUAAAUUCCAUGCCAUUUUGAUUAUUUUGGCGUUAUUGGUAUUAGUUUGCGGCAAAAUUUUCCUAUAGGGCCAUGGACAUGGACUAUAUAAAAUAAGACCUUUUUUAAUUAAAAUUAUCUAAAUAUCAUCUAAAUUUUCAUUAAAUUAUUUUUUAAAUGGCAGCAUUAGUCUAACAUUGUUACUUUUACACAAAAAUUAUGUAUUUUUAUAAUUAAUGCUGGUACAAAGAAUUCUAGUCAAGCUUAAAAUUAACGAAGUCUAAACCCUAUAGAAUAUAAAUUAUAAUAGUAUUAAUAGAGGCCUUACCUAAACCCCAUGGCCAUAGCCAUAGCUUUUAGAUUAAGUUAGAUAUCAUAUAGCGGUCAAUAGUCAUAAGACUGUAGUAUUGUAUGGCUGUACAAAUAUGAAUUUAUACAUGCUUAACUUGUCUUCACCGGUUAUAAAAUUAUUGUUUACCAUUAGCUUUGAAUGGAUUAAAGGCAUUUUAUAAACAAUGAAAUUGCUUCAUUACUGUAGUUAUUUUACUUUUAAUUUUGUUUGAAAUCAGAAACAAACUGACACUGAAAAUCAGACAUGUCAGCAAGACACUUACGUAGCUCUCAGAGCAGGUCCUUUUCUGCUAACCGAACAAAUAUCAGUACAGCAGAAAUCAGACCUCACACAAAUGGGUACCCAGAGAUUAAGCAGAGAGGUUUUUACUCUGAUGUAAUUACAACUGCAGGAAAUGAUGAAGACAUAGAGGUAUUACCUUUUCUUAUCAAUUAAUGCUUUUCAGUUAAAAAAUAAAGCAAAUAAGUAAAUUACAACAAAAUUAUGCCCCUAAAAUGCUUAUAAAAUUUUUAAAAGACUGAUCUUUAAAAAAAAAAUUGUAUUAAAAUUACAGUAUAUCCAUAACCACACCCCCCCCCCUUUUUUUUUUAACACACAAUAAAAUAAUUUGUUGUAUCACACAGUGGAGUUUUUUUCUUAUUGGAUUUCACAUUCAUAAAAUUAUAUUCAUUUUAAGGUUUUAAAAAAAAAAACAAAAAAAUAAAAUACAAAAAAAUUAAGCCCCUAAAAAGAUUAAAAAAUUUUUAAAAAAAUGAACUUUAAAAAAAAAAUUGUAUUAAAAUUACAGUAUAUCCAUAACCACACCCCCCCCCCUUUUUUUUUUAACACACAAUAAAAUAAUGUGUUGUAUCACACAGUGGAGUUUUUUUCUGAGUGGAUUUCACAUUCAUAAAAUUAUAUUCACUUUAAGGUUAUCAUACUUGAUCUAUAUCUACAUUUGUGUGUUUUGCACAUGUGUCAAUUAUUUGGAUACAGCAAGGCUAAAACACUUUCACAUGCAAUGUCAUCUCACAAAUUUUAUUCUUAGGUAAAUGAUGAGAAAAAUGUUCUCCUAUAUAAAAUAUAAUUAUAUAUCUUGUUCAUUUGUCUUUCAAUUAAAGUUUUAACAUUUAUAUUAUUUUUUUUUUAAAAGUAUUCUAUUAUUCACAUUAUUAUUUCCAUUCUGUGAUGUCUUUAUUACACUAAAUAGAAUAUCCUGACUGGACCAGAGACCAUUCAGGGAACCUUGCUGGAUGUAGGCAAAGAGAAGCACACUCCAAUAGGUAUAACAAAAAUAGGAAAUCAUUUCAAAGUACUUAUUGAGCAUAACAUUUUGUCCAUACAUAGGCCUAGAUAAUAUUAAUUUGUGAAGAUUAAGUUUCUAAAAUAGAAUAAAUUGAUAUAACAUGAUUUGAUCAAAUGAAGACCUGCUUAAAAGGCUAGCAACACGCAGAAGUUUGUCUAGGGUGUUUAAUACCCAGGGACAAGAUUCAUUUUUUUAUCAUUUCAUGUCUCAGUUCUGUCUUUGUUGAUCUUGCUAUAUUAUGUUUCAAAGCUUACUCAAUUUUUGACAGCUUUAAUUUCCAAAUGGUUGUGUACUUGCCAGAUGAUAAACGUGCAUAUAUUUUUUUUCUGUUUUAAUAACAAAGGCCUGUAUUAUUUUGUCACCAGUAUACCUUACUUGGAAUUUUCACAUGUAGAUAAUUCUAGAUUACAGAAUUUAAAUUUAAAUUAAAUAAAGCUAUAUUAUAAAUAAUAAUUGCUACAUUUAGUUUGUAGCUAAUUUAAGGUAACACUGGGUUUCCAAGGCAGGGCAAAGGUUUGAAAGUUUGAAAACAUAGACUCAAUGACAUUGGACCAUUUUGAGAUGAGAAAUUAUGCUCAUUCUGAUUCUAGCUAUCCCCGCUUUCACCUUAUUUUUCUAUAAACUAAUAGAAAGCCACUGUAUCACUAAAUAUUUUUCAUUUGAUAAAUUUGCUAUAUUUUUAUAAUUUAAAACUCACAGCAAGUACCUUUCAUUUGGAUGAAAGUCAGCUGAAUGAGCUAAUUAGUCAACAGAACUAUGGACCAAGUACACAGGAUCUCACAAUCUCAGUAAGUAGACAUCUGUGAGUUAAAUGUCAUCAAAGCCAACCAAUUUUAUGAUUUCAUUACUGUCAUAGUCCGGCUGGUUUUUGUAGAGACAUUCAAUUGAUAAAAGAAAUAUCUAGAUUUUAUGGAAUUAUUGUCUCCUUGUGUUUGGCUGCUAAUUAUUUAUAAGCUAACUAAGUUUCUUCCUUUUUAGGACUUUAGCUCACAGUCCUUCAAGCCAAAAGUACAGAUGACCAUAUACACUAAACCAGGAAAUCAUCCUAAGAAAAUUGAAAUGGAGAGGUUAGCAACUUGCAAUAAAGCUGUCAAAUAUAAAUAUUUAUAAUAAGAAGACAAAAUUUAAUGACCAAAUGUAUUUUUUAAACUGCAUUAAAAAGUUUUUUUAAAAAAAGAAGUAAGUUUUAAUUAAAAUUUUUUAUGUUUUAAAAAAAAAUGAGUCUAUAACUUGAUGACUGUAAGGAUACUAAACAAAAAGUUUAUUACGAUUCGAUUAUGCAUUAACAAAGCUAGGGUUUAUUGAUGAAAAAUUCUGGAAGAAAAAUUAUUUGCAGUGAUAAAAAAAAUGUUUAAAGAUCAUUCUCCCCACUUAAGAAGUUUGUCUUUUUUUGUUGUGCAGGAGACGUAGGCUGUACAAAAGCCUAAUUUUAGAGGAGCUUCUGGAAGAGAGAAAUCUCAAGACUGAAAUUCUGAUGGCCAAACAGCAAACUGAUUCACAAAUUCUUCUGAACAGAGAUGAUGAAGAUCCAGCCCCAUUCCCUGCUUAUCUUCCACUGGAUAUUUUUGAUAAUGAAGACUUUGACUGUCGCACUCCUCAGGAGUGGAUUGAACUAGGGAAGCAAGAGGAUGCCAGAUACCCAGUUCCUGGUCUAGCUUUGCUGCCAUCAGAAGAACAGGACAGAUAUAGUAAGUUUUACCUGCAGUGCAUUGGACAAUGGUUUAAUAAUAAAUUAAACAUCAUAUCCAAUGUCUUCAAUUCUUUGUUAUUGGUUUUUAAAAAAAAUUAACUACAAGAACAUUAUUUGGCUGAAAGCUUUUCUACAAAUUUUAUCACAUUUAAUACAAUCACUAAAUUGUUUAUAUAGAAAGAAGCCUUCAAACACAUUAGGAAAAAAGGUAAAUUUUGCAUAGCUGAGAAUUUUUUUAGGAGAGAUGCAAUUAUUUAAUUAAUUUAGAGAGUAAGAAAUAUUAGUAGAACUUUUAACUCUUUUUAUACUUUGAAUAAAGUUUCAAUUGGGUCAUUCAAACUAAAUGGUUUAAAAAAAAUAUUUGAAAUUAAACUAAAUUUAAACAAAUUUUUAGAAUCCCCAACAGAUCCAAGCAUUAAAUACAAAUGGUUUGAUGUUGGAGUCUUGGAUUAUAACACUGACACAAAACUCUACCUUGUGCAAAAUUGUGAUGAAAAAGGCCGUGUUGUAAACAAUGAGGGAAAAACGGUGGUCAAUGGAGGCAUAUCUGACAGGGGACAGAGAGUUUUUCUGCCUGGUCAAUGGUGGAUUCCUCGCAUUCGUCUGAUGUUUCGAGCUGAGGAUCCACAGAUUUUUGCAGAUCGCCUAACAGCAGCUUUCAAGGAUAGGAAAGAAUGUGAGGCACAGCUACGUUACAAUCUGUACAUUGAUUGCAUGCCAAUGGAUGGUGUGGGGGAAUUGGAUCAAGCUUCCUUGAAACGUAUGAUUGACUGUGCACAAUCAGCUUCUGGAAUAAACAAAAACAAAAAGUAAGUAAUUUCAUUUAUAAUUUUAAAGUAGAAAUUUAAUUGCACCCAAAACUAAUAAUUUCUUUACAUCUAACAGUCGUCAUACUAAUAAAAAUAAGAUUUAUCUAUUUUUCUUUUAUGAUUAGUUUUACAAGUUUUGAUUUAUUAGAGAAAUAGAUAAUUGGAUUAAUGCUUAGGACUGCAAAGUUCACGAAAUAAAUAAAGGAUUAAAAAUUCUUCAUCUCAUCAUUUGAAAUGAGGUAUUUUAUCGAUAUUCUAAAAUAGGUGCUAAAUUUUAACAAUUUAAUCAGAAUUUUCCUUUUAUCUUUAUAUGUGUUUAUCUUUAUUAAAACUUUUAGGUUUGAUGAUAUUUUCUUUUCAUUUCUUAGUCUGGAGGAUUACACGCAAGUUUUGGAAAAGGAAGUAAACAUUGAUUUCUGCAGAUCAAUGAACCGCAUCAUAUUUGAAAAAACAGUGGAGGAGGAUCCAGUCACUUUUGCUUUUGUUUCUGUUCCACGGAAUGAGGGAAGGCCUGUACCUAGAACAGGUACGUUUUUAGAAAAACACUAAGUGACUACCAUUGGUACUGUCUGAAAUAAAAAUAUAUGUACUAAAUUUCUUUUUUUUUUAAAGACCCCUUCAAAAGUCUAAUUUAUUUAUUUAUAUAACUCAAGAUUUCAAACAGACCUAGCUCAUAAAUAUUUGCUUACCACCUAUUGAGUUAAUGAUCAAUUAAUUGAUAUAGAAAAUUGUGAAUUUAAAAGUUUUUUUGAAUAAAUAAAAAGAGUAACCAUUCUUUUAUUACACAUGACAGGCUGCUGUUCAGAUGUGCCAAAGUAUCCAUUUGAUGAGCAGUAUGACAGCUUUGCAUUCAACUCAUUGCUCACACUCCCAGAGAGCAUCCAGGCCAUGGGUAAAGUUCGUACAGAGUGCAAUCGUGUUAGCUGCACCAGCUUAUACCACAUCCCAACAGCCAAGCCUAUGAGGUUGGAAGAAUUUGAACAGACUCAAUCACAAAUGACCACACAGGUAAUGAAUGAGGCUGUCAUAGUUUUUUUUUAAGGAGAGAGAAUAUUGUUUUACAAGUUUUAUUGCUAGAUAUCCACUAAUAUAAGGUAAUAUUAUGAAAAUAGAGACAAAGAAUUAUUAAGCAUCAUAAUACUGAAAUUUUUAAGAUGGUAUUGAAGAAAUUAAAUUUGACUUUGCCUUCUCGAAAAUAACUUUUAAUAAAGAUGCAACUCUUCUAUUGAGCAGUUUAUGUUUUUACUGAUUUCAUAAUUAUUAUUAUAAAACGUAUGAUCAUAAAAAGGAACCCAUACUUCAAAUGUGACAUAUUUUGUUAUUAAUAUUCAUGUCAUAUACUUUCAAAAUGAUAUUUGGAAUACAUACAUAAAUUUAAACAAACUUUACUAAAAUAUCAAUUGAACCAUGACAUCAAGAAUUAUAUUAGUAACAGACAAUAUUUAUCCGUACUACCAGGUUGGACUCUCCCUUAGAGACAGUUGGAUCACAAGUUUGCGUAUCAACAUACGAAGUGCCCUUAGAGAUGUGGGUAAAGGCUGGUUCAACAUUCGGGAGACCAACUGGGAAGUGUAUCAAAUCUCAAAGCUAAAGAAAUUCAUGGAAACUGUCAAGUUCAUUAUGCAAGACUCAAUGCGUUUUCUGGUUCAAGAUUCUUUGAUGAACUUGACCCAAAUGGUUGUAGAUGCAUGUCAUUCUACAUUGGAACUUGAUGAAGACUUUGUGUGGGGAAAUGAUUUGAUCAACAGCAAAUUUAAGUAUGUAAAAUAACAGCCUGCCCUUAUUUUCCUAUCAUUUGUGUAUAAAUCUCUGAGGGUAAAAUAACCAUCUUUUAUAAUUUCAUGAUAGCCAGGAUGCUAAGCUAGACAUGAAGUAGAGAAAAAAAUGUCACUCAACUUUAAAUUAAGAUAUUUAAAAGCAAAAGAUCUUAUUUUUCAAUUUAUUUUCUUCUUUGGAAAUCUAAAUUUAAGGAAUGAGAACAAAAUUAAAUUGUAGACACAUUUCUCUGUUGCUACAGUUUGUACUAUAUGAAUUCUACUGACUUGCAUUUCAUUUUUUUAUAUACAAAAUAUAUUCUUUGAGGCAUGCAAUGUAUUAUUUAUUAUUGCACAAAUACAAUUUCACCCAAAUUUUGAUGAAUUUUUCUUAUAUUAGUAUCAAAAGUCUUUAUCAAUUAAUUUUAGCAGUAUAUAUUUUGUUUUGUUGUAGGCCAAGAAAGAAUGCCCUGUUUCUUAUUGAUCUGGUUAUGGACAAAGAUGGUGUUCACUUCAGCACAAGCCUACCAAGCUAUGAGAACACACUUAUCUCACUAUUCGACAAGGGAAUACAAGCCACACAAAAUGUGCCUCAACUUGAGAGGGUCAGUAAGCCACAUAAAUACUUUGAAGAAAAACUAACAUAAAAAAUGCCCAUAAAAUUUGCUUAUAAACCAAAGAUUAUUAUUUACAAGAUAUAUAUUCCAGUUCUGCAUAUAAUAUUUUUAAAAAUAAACUAUUUAAAGAUUUAUACUUAUUAGAGUACAAAUUUGUAGCCUACUGAAAAGCCAGAGGACUGUAUAUUUUGCAAGAGAAUAAUACUAAUUUUAAAACAUUGAUUGUACAAAAUUAUAAUAAAGAGGAAAAUGAAAUUGGUGAGUUAUAUGAAACAUUUUUUUAUAUUCAGAUGGGAGUAGACAUUCCUGACAUAAUUAUCAUGGCAUCAGUAAACAUUUAAACAUUUAAAUGAAUCAAAAUCUGCAGAUUGACUUAGCAUCAUAAGUAAAUUAGUAUAUGUUGAAUUACUGUAUUAUGCACUGCAGUGUUAUAUGCCAGGCUUAUUAAACUUAGAUUUAGCUUAAUGAGAUUUGAAGCAAAAGAAUUCUAAAUUUCUAUAAUUUAAUUGGAUAAUUGAAACUACAACAGAAUCCAUAAAUAUUCAAAUGCAAGAGACAAGUGUUUAAAUUUUAUGUGCAUGUGCUAUAUAGUAGCAUUAACUGACUUAAGAGUUUAUGUGUUCCUGCCAAUUUUAAUGUUUUUCUAAUGACAGGAAAUCAUGAAAGACAUUUUCUGGUCAGGUAUUCCCCUCCUGGAAUCUGUUGGGGAGCAUGAACCACCAGUAGAGGAUCUCCGCAAUACCAUCAGGCGCGCGAUCCAGCAGUCGCUUGUGCCAUUGAAAGCUUAUGCUCGUGAAUACGAGAAAUAUCUUGAGCUUAUCAAUAUCGACAUAAACGCUUAUGUUAAGUAAGGGUUAAAUAUUUUAAUUCAAUAUAGUAAAUGUGACAUGAAGUUAUGAACUUAUAUAAAUUGAUGAUAUAAACAACAAAAGGGAAAAUAUUUGGAACAUGUGUACUACAAUUAUCAUGUGGUAAAAAGCAACCCUUUAAUAGUUAGAUGUAACAAAAUAAUGAUUCAAUUAAUUCAUGAAUAUCAUUAAAACUUUCUUUAAGAAAUUUGAUUUUACAUACAGUGCAAUAAAAAUAAAAUUGGAAAAGUUCUUUUAGGCUUGACAUCAAUAUUAUGGAGUGGGAAUGUUAAUCUUAAAACAAAACUUUACAAAAAUAAUCAGAGCUACAUUAUAUUUUUUAAGGUGUUAAAAUCUUAGUUGACUGAUAAUUCUGUAGCAAAAUUUUAACUUAAUAUCAAACACAUCUCUUCUUGUUUGCUUUUCUGCUCAGAUCAUAUGAAUCUGCUGGACACUCGGCUGAGGAAGUAAAAGCAGAAGUGGAGAUGCAUCUUCGUGAGAAGGAAGUCCUGGAGACCAUUGUACCCAGCUCUGUUGUCAUUGGCCCAUUUCACAUCAUUACAGAAGGCACUAGACAGGCCCUGGGCAAAAAAAGGAAAGCUCUCAGCAAUGCGGUCUUGGAGCUGUUGGCCAGACAACUGAGGAAACAAGCUGAUGAUGUGAGUUGUGUAACCCACAGCCAGACAUAUGAAAUAUGAAGUUUUUCAUACAUGUUAUAUUGUUAUUAUUUAUGAUCAAGAAACUAAAAGUAAAUAAAAAUUAAUUUUAAAAAAUAUAUUUAAUCCCAUUUUUGGGUGUAAAACAUAAUUUUUAUCUAUAAGUUAUCUUGGAACAAUAGUUUAAGGUCACUGCUAACAAUAGCUGUUUCUAUUUCAGGCAUGUGAGGAGUUUAAGACCAUCAGUCGCAAGCUUUAUGAAAAGCCCAACUGUGUUGAAGAGUUGGCUGAGAUGAGGGAAUGGAUUAAAGACAUACCAGACAAACUACAGGAACACAGUGUAAGAACACAUAUGUAGAGUUUUAAAAAUAGAGGAGAUUUUGAAAUACACACUUUAUUUCAUUUUCUAAAGAUGUUAAAAUCAUCCCAUAUAGUUUUAUAAAACUCUAAACAUUGAGUUAGCACACUGUACAUAAACCAUCCUUUAAAAAAAAUAAUUUAACUUUGCAUCUGAAGAUAAUGAUUAAGGGUUGUAUGCAAUAUUACAAAUGAAAAGUGGGAAAUCAGUGACAAUCCCAGAUUGAGAUAAUGCAUUUUUAUGCACAGGAGCUGAUAGUGAAAGCCAUGAGUGACUAUGAACUUAUUGAGGACUUUUAUUACAACCUCUCCACCGAUGACUUUACAGCUAAGUAUGUACUUAUAUUAAUACGUUUGCACUGAUGACUUAACAGCUAAGCAUGUAAUUAUUUUCACAUAACUGCUGUAGAGCUCUUUUAAAAGUUUUGAAACUAACAGGUUUCAUUUGAUUUUUUUCACCUAAAGUUACUUCAUGUUUUUCUAAUAUUUAAUUUAUUUAAACAACUUUUUAAUGUAAGUUUAAUUUGAAAAGAACUAAAAUUUAAUUUGAAAAGAACUGAAUUCCAUUUUGGAUUAAAAAAGUACAAAUGUUUAUAUACAAUCCCUGGUGUUUUAAUUUUUCAAGAUGGACCACCAUUGGUUGGCCACACAAAAUUGAGAACCAGAUGGAGCAGACACUCCUGCAGCUGACAGAAGAUGAAGAGCGAUUCAGAAAACUGCAACAGUCAGAUCAGACUAGUUAUGAAGACAAACUUGAUGGACUGCAGGUGAUAUUAAAACAGCCAUGCUCUUAACUACAUGGACACAAAUUUUACUGUUAGAGUAAAUGAGCUGUUAAACUUAUGUGUGCUGUCUUGUUUCCUUGAAUAAGUUUAAAGAGUAAAGAAAGCUACAGAAAUCAUUAAUGCUUUAAAAUAUUUUUCCUUAGAUGGCUGUGGCUGGAAUGGCCGCCUACACUGAGAUCAGCAGGGCACAUGAAGUAGCCAAUGAGAUGAGACGUAUCAACAAGCAGCUGAAAGAUGCUCAACAAAUGGCCAUCACAUACAACAACAGGGAGAGACUGUUUGGUAUGCCAGUCACCAAUGUAAGCAUCAGCAUCCAUUUACAGAGUACAGUAAAAAAUCAUUUCAUUGUAUCAUCAUUAAUCAAUUUGUUUUUUCCAGGUUCAUUUAUGAUAUUUGUAAUGGAAAAUAUCUAAUUUCUGUCUAAAGCUGAUGUCCAAAAUAUUUGUCACUUUUAAGUUCCCUUCCAAAACACAGGAAAUUAAUUUCUACUUUUAACCUAACAUAAUUAUUAAUUUCAGCUUAUUAAAUGAAAUAAAUCUGUUCCAUCAAAUAACAUUUGGCAGAGACAAACCUUUUACAGUUUUAUCAUUAUGUCAGAAAUAUCAUAUAUAAACUUACAUCAUACUCAUAUUAAUCUCUAUUUAAAACAUCAUUAUAAUUAUACAAACCUUCCUGUAAAUACAUAUAUAUUCAAUAUAUCAUAACAGUUUCCUUUUUCUCCAAAACAUAUUUUAAUCAUCAAAAAUACUUAUGACAUUUCCUUUAUUUUCACUCUGGGCUAGCAACUUAGAAAACAUAUGAUAAUCUAGUGCCAUUAUAUAAACUAAAGUUAUUUCAUAGUUGAAAGCUUGCUCCUUUAAGACUUCACCUUUCAAGGAACAGGUGCUAGCUUUCUUCAAGAGCUAAUCCAACAUCCAGUUGUACCAGAAAGAAUGUAAAUAUUUUAUGAGACUUUAAUAGGGCACUCUGCAGCAUCUGGGGCAGUUCAAAUUAUUAUUGUCAUGGCUUGGACACCUUGAUAAUGAAGUCACUUUAUUUGCUAUAAUAGCAAAUAUCAUACACUACAAAGGCUUGGUGAAAAAAACCAACUACUCACUCCAUAGUGUUCCACAUGCCUUUUGCUUCUUUAGUCUAUAAAUGUUUUUCUUAUACUUUUCUGCACUUUGUGUAUUAAUCUUAGUCAUUUUUCUAUAAGCAUGUUUCCUUAUUAGCACUUAAGUAGUUUCUGAGCUAUAUAAUUUUAAAUCUUCCUCUUUGUACACGAUAAUUUAGAAUAUUUCUUGAUACAGUUAUAGUUAAUUUUUUAGAAUAAUUAAUUUCAGCAUUACCACGAGGAGCUAACAAAUUUGCUUAUGUUCUAUUUUUUUUAUUUCUCUAUAAGCAGUAGUGUUUUUUGUAAUCUAUAUUUCUCCCAAUGAUAAAUUUUAAACUUAUUUUUAUUUGUCCCGUAAACAGAAAGUUUGUAAAAAAUUCUUGAUCUUUCUAACUUAAAAACAGUAGCUCUAUUUUAUAUUAUUAUAUAUUAGUACAACUUAACCACCCACAAACUUUACUUAUGCCGUACCUCACAUUUCUUUUUACAUCUUCAUCAUAUUAAAUUGACUGAUAAUUAGCUUACCCACUUUACAGUUUUUGUGAUUUAAACAAAAUUAUUUGAUGGAGGAUUGCUGUUUGAUAUCAUCAUUUUGAAUUCUAUUUUGUUAUUAGAUGUAUCUACCUUUUCAAAAUAUUAAACUCCCUCAUUUGUUUUUGAUUUAUGAAUUAAUGACAAGUAUUUUGACUUUGGGGGAUUGUAGAUAGGGUGGACAGGGCGCAGGACACCAGAAUAAAUCCAGGCAAGCUGCUAACGCUGGUGAUAUUAGAGCCAUCAGGGCCACCUCUAUAUUACAAUAAAACUUGCAUUUUUAAUCAAUGAUUACAAAUGUUUGUCCCAGGCUGCUUGGCCACUCCAACCAGCACUGAUUGUUAACUAACAUUUAGCUAUUGGAUAUAAUGAUACACUAGAAUAAAUAUUGCCUGAAAAAUAGAUUGGUUGCGACUUCUAGGUAUUAAUAAAUGAUUUUAAAAUUGAUGUGCAAUAUAUUAAAUGCUUUAUAGUUUUCAUAAUAGUAAUAUUUUAAGUCUUCAAUUUUUAAACUGAUAAGUUUUGUUUUGUUGAGAGAAAUGAUUACCUGUGUGGCAUUUUUCAGUAAAACUUUCAAAGUGUUUGGUAGUUGAUAAUUUUUAUUUAUUUUGAGACUUUCAUCUGAUGUGUGGUGGAGUAGAAUUUCUAAUACCGUAAUAUUGUUAGAUUGUAGCUAAAUAUUUUCCUGUUUUUAAAAGAUGUGCUUUAAAAAUUUGUGUGGCAGCCUUUAGACUAUUUUUAGAAUGUGGACACAUCACAUGGUGGAGCUCGAUGGGAAUGCUUGAACAUGAUCCAUAAUAUUGUGAAAGGAAUUUUAUUGUAGCAGAAAUAAUAUUUUAAGAUUAAAAGAUAUGUGUUAUUAAUAAGUUUUUUAUAAAUUGAUUCAUGUAAAGUUGUAUUGAAAGAUAACUUUUUUAUUAUUUGGUAAAAAAUUAAUAUCAAGAUAAUCACCUAUUAAAAAAAUAAUAAUUCAGUAUAUUUUAUGGAUCAAGUUAUAAUAUUCUCAAAGGGCUGUAAAGUUUGGACAGUUCUCCAGCCACCCACACAAACUGUGUAUUGUGUUUGUUAUUAUAGUAUGAUAAGCUGGCAAAGCUUGUCAAGGAUUUUGAGCCUUUCCGCAACCUGUGGGUAACAGUGUCAGACUGGCAGCGAUGGCAGGAGUCUUGGAUGAAUGAUCCACUGACGGCCAUCAAUGCAGAGGAAGUGGAGAAGAAUGUCAAUGAGAGCUACAAGAUUAUGCACAAAAGUGUCAAGCUGUUCCAAGAUAUUCCUAGUGAGUUUUGUGGUGAAUUUGUCAAUAAUACAAGCUUAAUAUUACAGAAAAAAUUCUGAUUUGUUUUUCCUCAUUAAUCCUAUUUUAAAUUAUGUUUAGAAAACUAUUUUUUAUCAAGUUUUUAUAGGCAUAACUUAUGUUGAAAUCUUACUUUUUUUUUUAAAGCCUUUAAUAAAUUAUUCCAUUAGGUUAAAAUCUCAAGCUUAAAGAUAUAGAAUAUAUAGACAAGUUUUAUAUUUUCAGAUGUGCAAGAUGUGGCCACUGAUAUUAAAGGAAAAAUUGAGGACUUCCGGCCUUACAUUCCACUUAUACAGGGUCUCAGAAACCCUGGCAUGAGGAACAGGCAUUGGGAGCAGGUAGGCCUACUCAGACAUUGGCAGGCAUUGUUUCAAAAUUCUCUAAUUAUUAUCUUUUGUUUUAAGACUGGUUAGUUUCAAUAUCUUGAACAGAAUUUUUAUAAAAAGAUUGUUAAAAAAGUAAUUUUCUUGUUCAUACUUCAAAGUUGGGUAAAUGUAAAGUCUAUUUAGAGAGACCAAAACAUAUAACAGCUUUAUAAGACCAAUCAGGAAGUGAACUCAGUUUCAAAACAGUGCCGCAUACAUUCUAAGAAUAAUUUUAAUAUUUUGGCAGCUUUCUGAAGAACUUGGCAUUGCAGUACGUCCCAAGAAGGAUCUGACUUUCCAGAAAUGCCUUGAGAUGAAAUUGCAAGAUCACAUCACCACCAUAGCCAAGAUAGCUGAGGUGGCCGGUAAAGAAUAUUCUAUUGAGCAGGUGAGUCAUAUCAACUCCUGAUAAGCAUUUUCAAAUUUGGCACACAAUAAUGUUUUGCACUUGAUUUAUGUUUAGUUAAAUAAAAGAGUUAUGGUCUUGGCAAAGAUUAGUACAAUGUUUGUUUAAAAAUUACAGGAAAAAAUGUUCAGAUAAGAUUUUUAGAUUUACUGAUUUGUCUACUAUGUUAAACAAUGAAAUGGUUUUAACUCAAUGGCCAUAAUUUUGUUAAUUUAAUUAUAGAAUAUUCUAAAUGAUUUAUUUAGAAGUUAAGCUCAUUUUGCUUCAGCAUAGCAAAAAAUAUUUUUCAUGGCUUGAAGUUUACAAAAAAAUUUAAGUCCUGAUUUUAAUUAUUGUGAUAUACAUGAUAGAUGAAUAUACAUAAUUACCUAAGCCAAAUUUUGUAGGCCCUGGACAAAAUGGAGAAAGAAUGGGAGCCUGUCCUGUUUGAAAUCAUGCCCUACAAGGAAACGGGCACCUACAUCUUACGCAGCUCAGAGGAGACUUCACAGUUACUGGAUGACCACAUUGUCAUGACCCAGAGCAUGUCCUUCUCACCUUUCAAGAAACCUUUUGAAGACCGCAUCAGCAACUGGGAGAGCAAGCUGAGAACCACCCAGGUAAUGUGUCCUGUUCUGGAGAUGGUGUAUUAUCUUUAUAUAUUUGCUUUCAUUUCCUUUGUUCAACUGCAAUGAAAUCUGUAAACUUUCAUUUGAGCUUUCUGAUAAAAAUAUUUUUAAAUAAGGCAAAAAAUAUAGUAUUUAAAAUGUCAUGAUUGUGGUACCUUAAUAGAAUAUUAUACCAUUACUUUUAUAGUCUUACUCUCGAGUCCUUGCUUGAGAUAUAUUAAAUGGAAAAUUACGAGAUAAUCCUUGAAUUUUUCUUGAUUUCAUUUUAACUUCCUUGUAUGAAUGAUGUUUUGAAGAAAUAGCCUCGUUAAAUAAUUUUCAUGAUACUCACCAACAGGAUGUGUUGGAUGAAUGGCUAAAUUGCCAGCGGGCUUGGUUGUAUCUUGAACCCAUCUUCAGCUCUGAAGACAUCAACCGCCAACUACCUGUAGAAAGCAAGCGUUAUCAGACGAUGGAAAGAAUCUGGAGGCAGCUGAUGAAAUCAGCCAAGGAGAACCCUCAGGUAAGCUUCAUAAAAGUUGUGUAAAUUUAAAAUAUCAAGUUGAGUACAUCAUUACUUUCUGAGAAAUCAUGAAAUGAGUAGUAAUCAGAUUUUAAAGAGUAAAAGUUUACUGUUGCAUUUUUUGUUUUUUAAAUUUUUAGUCCGAUAUCUUCUUUCUGAGCUAUAGCCCUGAAAAAGUUAAAAUAAAAUUUUAAAACAGUUCCAUCAUGGAUCAAACAAGUCUAAGGGUUAUCCUUGUAGGUUAUCACCCUUUGCCCUGACAACCGUCUGUUGGACAACCUUAGAGAAUGUAACAAACUACUGGAGCAGGUCCAGAAAGGACUCAGUGAAUACCUUGAAACAAAGCGUAAUGCCUUCCCACGAUUCUACUUCCUGUCUGAUGAUGAGCUACUUGAGAUUCUGUCCCAGACCAAAGAUCCCACUGCAGUACAACCUCAUCUCAGAAAGUGCUUUGAAAAUAUUGCCAAGGUUUGUAUACAUCUAUUAAAACCUUUUAUUUAAAAAGAGACACAAAUAUCUUCUUUGUUCAUUGUUGACAUUUAUUGCAUGUAAGGUUCAUAGAGCUAAUACAUGUUGUUAAACUAUGUAUAAUUUCUGUCCUGACUACUUCAAUGACCAAAGGAGGUUUAUCAUGGGCUUAUUAUGGAUCAUUUGAAAGUAUAAGACCAUUUAUACUUAUAUAUAAGUUGAGCAAUUUUAGUCGUUAAAUUCAUUAUCCACGGUCAUUUUUAAAAGACAGAGUUAUCCACAGUCAUUUUUAAAACACAGACUUAUCCACAGAUCAGUGCUAGAUUCAAUAGAAUUAUGUGGUGGAAUGUCAAGUUACUGGUAAUGGUAGUGUAUUUAUAAGUAGAUGUAUGUUGACCCAGAUACAGGGUACUCACACAGACAAAAACAGCUGUUUAUGCUUGACCGAAAUCUGAGACCAAGCCACAUGCACAAUCACUGACUGCAGAAUCCACGAGCCUCUAUUGUCAGGAGUUACCGGUUGUGCAAGUGUAGUUAUCAGUAGCUCCAUGUUGACCCAGAACAGGCUAAACACAGAUAAAAACAGCUGUUGAUGAUUGACUGAAUUCCAAGACCAAACCACAUGCCUCAUCAUCUACUGCUGAGUCUGUCAGCCUCUAUCACAUGCCUCAUCACCUUCUGCUGAGUCUGUCAGCCUCUAUCACAUGCCUCAUCACCUACUGCUGAGUCUGUCAGCCUCUAUCGUCAGGAGGAGAGAGAACACUGAUAUAAAUUUAGGGGAUGUCACUUAAUGCCAUCAACUGCAAGUGGGGGUCCUAAUGACAUAGGUCUUAGUUUAAUUUACAGUGCUGUGAUUGCUGCCAGAUAAAAUCUGACAAAAUUAUAAACAUCACAGAAUUUCAUUCCCCCAAGUUUUAAUCAUGACUUUUCGAUGAGUCAUAGCAUAUUUCAAAAUUGUUGGUCUAAAACUGCCUUCGACUUAUAGAUGAGUAUAUACAGUUUGUCUUUUGUUGAAAAAUAUGUUUAGUCAAUUAACUAUUUUUACCAACCAGUAACUAAAAUUUCACUUGACACUUAGGCAACUUGUAAUCACUUAAAAAUAUUUAACUGAUACAACAAUGACAAUUCACUUUUAUUUUUCCUUUUUAAUUAUUAUGAUUUUUUAUUAUUAUCAUUGUUUACAGAAUUUAAUAACUUGUUUAUCUAUGAAAUUUGUUGUCUCUGCCAGCUACAAUUUGAAGAUGACUUGAAGAUCACAAAGAUGUUCUCUGGAGAAGGUGAAUGUGUGGAUUUCAGAGAAACACUGUACCCAACUGGAAAUGUGGAGGACUGGAUGCUGGAGAUUGAGAGAGUUAUGAAGGAAUCCCUCCGCAUGAUCAUCAAGGAAUCCCUAAAAAACUACAAGGAGGUUAGUAAUACUUGGCUGCCAUUUUAUUGGAAUCCUUAUUUUUUUAAAUAUUAUAUUUUUUAUAAUUACGAGGUUAAUUUUUUUUAAACAUCUAAAAAAUGAAAGAAAUCUUCAGGUUUAAAUUAAAAAAUUUUUUUUUUUAAAGUGAGAUGGGUAAAAUAACAUUUUAUCUAAUGAAAUCAGUUUUAGGACACUGGCAAGAUUAUGUAUGAUUUUUUUUGUUUCAAAUAUCUGUAAUUAUAAUAUGAUCUUUAACCAACAGAUUCCCCGAACUGACUGGGUACUACAGUGGCCUGGUCAAGUGGUCAUUGCUGGAUGUCAGACCUACUGGAGUAGUGAGGUUACUGCUGAACUGGAGAAAGGAACAUUGAAGGAACAUUUCAAGGUUAGCAAACAAGAAUCUAUUUUUGUGUGUGCAAUAUGUAAAACUUUGCCAUUUUCAGAACAAAAUUUUUAAAAAGUGCUAACCCACGGGAAUAAUAAAUUUCAAUUUUUUACUAAUUUCCAGUUGGUGCUUUCACAACUGGAUGACCUCAGAGGACUUGUCCGCCACGACAUCUCCAGAAUAGGUCGCAUGACAUUGUCGGCUCUCAUUGUAAUAGAGGUCCAUGCCAGAGAUGUUGUUGCUAAAAUGGUGGAGCAGGAUGUGAACAAUGCCAAUGACUUUGAAUGGAUCAGCCAACUCAGGUACUCUGUGCUUCUCCUCUUUUGUGUUUCUCAUCUCUCUGCUAUUUCCCAUUUUAAAUUACUGAGUAUUUCAUAGCUGAAUUUUUUUAUAAGUCAUCACAUGAAAGAAGAUCCCAUAUUGAUAUAUCUAACAUAACUUUUCUUAAACAUGUUGAAGCACCACAUGACAUGGUGAAAACUAUUUCUGAAUAAAUACAUUUUUUCCUAGUCAUUUUUUUGUCUAAAUAUCUGACACUUACUGAAAUGUGUACUCUGAUUGUUUUAGAUACUACUGGCUGGAGGAUGAUAACCUUUACCAAAGAGCUGUCAAUGCACAGUUUCCAUACGGAUAUGAAUACCUGGGCAACACUGGACGUUUGGUCAUCACACCUCUAACAGACAGGCAAGACACUUCUUGUUAUAUUUAAUAAAUCCUCCUAUUUUGUUUAUUUCCCCCCCAUUAUUGUUCAUUCUUGUUUAUAUCAUCUAUUGAUGCCUUCUAUCUUCUCAGGUGCUACCUGACUCUGACAGGCGCCCUCCACCUUAAGUUUGGUGGGGCCCCAGCUGGACCAGCCGGAACUGGGAAGACUGAGACCACUAAGGUAUUUCCAUCAUGAAUUAGCAAAGCUGUCUUGUUCAACUAUAAACUUUUAUAACCAUAAUGCAUUAACUAUGUUUUUUGAUUUCACUAAAUUUUUGUAAAUAAUUUUAAAAUGAUAACCACGAUAUUAAGUAAAAGUUCCUGCAUCAGUUGUAUUGCAUAAAGGAGUGGGUGCCUCAUUUAAAUUUGUGUGACUGUGGGAUGACAGGUGUGUUAUCUUCUGCUUUUAGGAAUUGAAGUAUCAUUUCUUUUGUACAGGAUCUUGCUAAAGCUUUUGCCAUUCAGUGUGUGGUGUUCAACUGUUCUGACCAGCUGGAUUUCAUGGCCAUGGGAAAAUUCUUCAAAGGUUUAGCCAGGUAAGAAUUUACCUUAACUCUGCUUUGUAGGCUACCCAUUAAUCUGACAUUGUCUAUUAUGUCUAUUGUCUGCAAUAUUACAGGCUUUAUUAAAAAUUAUUUUUCAUGGUUAAAGAUUAUUAUUUUUGAGUAUGAAAAGCAAAACGUCACCAAGAAUAACCAAAAAUCUGAUUUGUUUUGUGAGGUAUAAGGAAACUUUCCUGGAUUUUUUUUUUUUGCUUUUCUAUUCAAAUAAACAAAAAUUUUCUCCCAAAAGUGCUGGAGCUUGGGCCUGCUUUGAUGAGUUUAACCGUAUUGACAUAGAAGUGUUGUCUGUGGUGGCCCAGCAGAUUACAACCAUACAGAAGGCUCAGGCUGACAGGGUCAGUAACUGUUAUCUCUAUCAAAUAUCAAUUAAUUAAAUAGUCCUCCUAAAAACCAUAACUAACAAGACCCACUGGGAAUAAAUGGAGUGAUAUCAACCCAUAAAACAACUUUAUCAGGGAAUGACUCAAUACAUCUGCUUACUUACUUCAGGUGGACAGAUUCAUUUUUGAGGGUGUGGAGAUUAUGCUGAAGGCGUCUUGUGCUGUCUUUAUCACUAUGAACCCAGGUUAUGCUGGAAGAACUGAAUUACCAGAUAAUCUCAAGGUAAUAAGUUGUAUAAUCAUUUAAUUUUUAAUUUAAAAAAAUGGGUUCCAUAACACUGUAAAAAGAGAAAUUUUAAAAACAAUUAACCAAGAGACACACUGGUGUAAAUGAAAAAUUAUUUUUCAAAAAUAUUAAUCUCAAGUUAAGUUGCAGAACUUAAAUUAAAGAUACAAUGAAAUUACUAAUGCUAUUUAUUUACUAAAUUUAUAUGCUUCUGGCAGGCUCUUUUCCGACCUGUAGCCAUGAUGGUUCCUGACUAUGCACUCAUUGCUGAGAUCUCUCUAUUCUCUUUUGGAUUCUCAAAUGCCAGAGCCUUGUCCCAGAAGAUUGUCACAACUUUCAAAUUGUCAUCUGAACAGUUGAGUUCUCAGGUGAGCAGUCAUCAUUUCAAUUGUUGCUUCAGUAGCUUAUUAAAUGUAUACUUUUAGUUGUCUGCUAAUAAAUUUUUAAAUUAAAACAAAAUAUUAUUGUAAAAAUAAAAUAGCUGUUAUUGUUUUGUGUAUAAAGUUUAUGAAAAAAUGACAACCAUUUAACAAACAUAUUUAAACUUGAUCUAACAUUGGUUAAUGUAAUACAAAAUCUCAAGCACACCUUGACUCCUCUGCAGACACGCGUCGUCUGUCCGUUCCCAAGACACACACUAAAACUUAUGGUGAACGAUCUUUCUCUUUCUGCACCCCCAAACAAUGGAAUUCUUUGCUACUAAACAUACCCAAUAUACCAACCACCCAGGCCUUCAAAACUGCACUAAAAACAUAUCUUUUUAAAUUAUACUACCCUGACUGAUUCCCCUCCUCUGACCGAUAAAUGAUCUUGUAGGCUGCCGUUCAUGGUUUGUCUUGUAAAAGUUAUGUGGUGGGGUGGGUGAAUAUACAUUGCUGUUCUUUUUUUCAUAAAUGUAUUUUAUUUUAAUGUCAUAAUUAUGUCUCUUUUGAUAAAAUUUUUAUGUACAGCGCGGUGAGCCCAGCCCUAGGCUAUAUAAGACGUCUUAUUAUUAUUAUUAUUAUUAUGUCAUGCAGCAAGUGUUAGAUUUUCUGCUGUUUUACUGUCUAAAUCAAUUACACAUAACCGGCAAGUGCAUGAGUCAAAUUAAUACUCACAACUCUUUGUUUCAAUCAGGACCAUUAUGACUUUGGUAUGAGAGCUGUGAAGUCUGUGAUUUCAGCAGCUGGUAACCUCAAGCGUAUGUACCCUGACAUGGAAGAGGUAAGCUUGAUCACACCCAAUGGCUGCCUCUUGUUUUAACAAAACAUAAUAUUUUUAUGUUAGUACUUUCUAUGCACUUGGCUUCGUGCUUUGUAACAUUAGGAUUAAAUUGUGAGCAUGGGUCAGUCACUUGUAGUACUUACUAGUAUUAUUAGUUAAUUUGUAAUGUAAAAAAGUAAGAUACUAUUUAUUGUCUCUUUUUUUAAUCAGGAACUAAUUGCACUAAGAGCCAUCCGGGAUGUCAAUGUACCCAAAUUCUUGGUGGAUGAUCUCAAACUGUUCAGUGGCAUUGUUUCAGAUCUGUUCCCUAACAUCAAGUAAACCUGCUAAUGUUAACAAAACUGGCUAAUUAUUUUACUCUCAUAAUUAUUGAAUAAUUUGCUCCAAGGCUAAGUUAAAAUUUUACUGUUACAAUAAUCAUGAGAAAAAGUAUUUCAUAAUUACUAAUGGUAGUAUAUGAGAGGCUGUGUUCAAGCCGAGCAAAGUAAAUAAAUAAUGGAAAAAAUAUAUGUUUUGGCUUGAAAACCAAAGAAUUAUGUGGGAUGCACAUUUUGGUUUCGAUCUACUUCACUUUUGUUUCUGACAGAGCGUUUCCUUUUCUGAACAGAAACUUUGAGACCUACAGUUUGAUAAAAUCUUCAAACGCAUAAGUUUUAAAUUUCAGGUUAUUUGUGGUUUCUUGUUUUGUCUUGUCUGAUGAAGAUGGUGUCAAUCCGAAAAAGUCCUUGUUAUUUUCCUGUCUUUUUGCAAAGACUAAACAUAUUGUCUUCUGAUAUUUAUUUAUUAUGUAAUUGCAAAUAAAUAAAUAAUAAUAAUUUUGUAUAAUUUAUCUCCAGGGAAGAACCAAUUGAUUAUGGUGAGAUGGAGACUUCUCUGAGAAAAUCAUGUCUCAAGAAUGGACUCAAAGAUGUUGAUGGUAAUUUUAAUCCUGUAAAGCAAGCACAUCUGUAUUAACAGUUAUUAUUUGAAUGUAAAAAAAAAUCUCAUCAAUCAUACCAAUGUUAUACCUAUACACUCAAAUUUAAAAAAAAUAAAUGUUAAAACAAUUCUUUACAAGCAUUACACACCACUUUUUCUGGCCAGGUUUUAUUAAUAAAUGCAUCCAGCUUUUUGAGACAACUGUUGUCCGCCAUGGCCUCAUGCUUGUUGGACCAACCUGUUCUGGCAAAACCAAGGUAACAAAGAUGAAUAAAUAUGUUUUUGAAAAUAUCUUUUUCUCAUGUUACUCUUGCUCUACUACUCUGGUUGGAAAGGAAGCAAGUUUUAUUUAUCUCUGUAUCUUUAGCUCAGGAAGACGUUAAUCAUCAAUCCAAUUUCAGCACUAGAAAUACAUUGUUAUUUUAUUAAACCUGUCCAGUUCUUUUUUAUUUUUUAUUAACUUUUCCACACUGUUUUAUGAUAUCAGAAUGCAGUUUGUUUAACAUGACAACACAUGAUCUAAAACUAAUAUUAAAUGAGUCUUUAUUUGAUCACAAGGUCACUUACUGCCAGACUGAAAUUUGCCUAUAAAAUGAUAACAUAUUACAUUUGAAGAGCACAUCAAUGUUAAACUCUUCCUUUGAAACAAUUAAUUAUCAUAUUAAUAUUUAUUACAAGUGCAUAAUUACAUGAUUUGAUCAACUGUUCAACAAAUAAGAAUAACACACACAUUUUUAUAUUAAAUUAUUACUUGUAAUGUUUUCAGUGUUAUGAAAUGCUGCAGAAAGCCCAGACAGCCCUCAAAGGGCGACCAUCACCGGCCAUGACAGAUUUCCAGACAACUCACACCUAUGUGCUUAACCCUAAAUCUAUCACCAUGGGCCAGCUGUAUGGUGAAUUUGAUCUACUGACCCACGAAUGGUAAAUAAUAAGCUGCAUGCACUGCCGAAUGUUCUUCUCUGAAACUUUUUCAAAUAAAAUUUUGAUAGUUUAACAGUGAGAAGAAAUAUUCCACACCAACUUGAAUCAAUUGAAGAAUUUAUUUCUUGUACCUGGCACACACAAACUAAAAUCCUUCUUAAAGUUCUAUCUAUACUUAAUUCAUUAUGUAGUUUGCUAUGUACAUGGUUGUGCAAAUUUAAUCAGUUUUAAGAUUUGGCUUGUGUUUUGAACAAAAUGUAACAAAGGACUGAAAACUAUUAUUAAAAAAAAUAUUUAAAAAAUAAAUACCAAAGCUAGUGAGACUAACAAUAUUCAAAUUAACUGUACUAUUAAUUUUAUAUAAAAAAUAUGAAAUAAAAACAAAUCAACUUACAGCAUGGUAAGUGAAAAAGUACAAUCCUAGAAAGAUAAAAAUAUUACUUUACACACACACACAUAAAUAGUGCAGUCUUGUAGGUAUAUUACAUCUCGUAAAUGUCUAGGAAAAAUAGCAAAACUAUCUCUCUUGGCUAUGAAAGCUGCUGCCUUAUUUAUAGGGAGAAAGUUUGAACCCUCCAGAAAUUUCAUCACUUGAUAGCAUUCUUUAUAACAAAAUAGAAUAUAUCAGAAUGUAAACAACUUUUUCCCAAUGAAGGAAGGGUGGGAUUGGUACAAGGCUACACAUUUAAUUGGUGACGUCAAUAUCAAAACAAAAAAAGCAUAGUACUUUAAGCUUUAGCUUUAUGUUGAAGUAAAAUUAAGUCAAAACCCUUUCUUUAUCAAGUUAUAAAAGACAAUUAUUGGUUGAGUGAGUGGUAAAUUGACACUAACAUGAAAAUAUAGUGAUGAAUUUAGGAGCAUAUGGCACCAGAGUAUAUACAUGCAUUCCUGUUUUAUUCUAUAAAGAAAUAUAUAUUUACAGGAAUAUAUAAUUUUUUUUAAAUAUUGUGUAGCAAACCAACUAUUACUUUCCUGGUGGCCAUAGCCCUUUACAGUUUUUGACUUGAUCCAUCACUGUGUAAAUAAGAGGAAUAGAUUUUGCUGGCAUCCAUUAUUUAUACAUCCCCUGUUGACAUCUUGAAGGACUGAUGGUAUCCUGUCCACCCUCAUUCGCCUUGGGGCAUCAGCAAGAGAUGAAGACAAGAGAUGGUUUGUUUUUGAUGGCCCAGUGGACGCUGUGUGGAUAGAAAACAUGAACACUGUGCUGGAUGAUAACAAAAAACUUUGUCUCAGUAGUGGAGAGAUCAUCAAACUAACUGAGGUGAGUGCCACCUGUAGUAAAUUACCAUAUUUAUUAUUGUAAUUAACUUUCUUGAACAUAUUGUAAAAAUAAACUUAGUAAGAGACUAUAUUUUUUUAAAAAUCACUGUGAACUUCUCCAGGCCAUGACCAUGAUGUUUGAGGUUGCUGACCUUGCAGUAGCUUCACCUGCUACAGUCAGCCGCUGUGGUAUGGUGUACCUUGAACCCUCCUACAUAGGAUUGGAUCCCUUUGUUGAAUGUUGGUUAAAGAAAGUGCCAGAGCAAAUCUGGCAGUACAAAGAAAAGUUUGAAGAGUUGUUCAAUUUCUUCAUGUCUGUAAGAUAUUUAUAGUUCUGAGUAUUUUCUGCAUUUCAAAAUUUUACCCUUGGUAUAAUUAAAAAAAACAAAAAACUUUUAUCAUAAUUAUGAAAUAGAAUUAUCACCAAUUUUUAUAUAAUUUAAGUAUAAGAUAAGUUAAUAUUAGAUAUGCCUGCGUUUAUUGAUUCAAACAAUAUAAAAUUAGUUUUGAUGACAAUGUACAUAUGCAUUUCCAGCAUAUUAUAUAAAACAUUUCAAUGAGCUCUCUCUCACUCUACUUUUUAGCCAGCCAUCAAGUUUUUACGCAAGGAACUAAGAGAAAUUGUCCCAACAGUAGAUGGCGCCCUUGUAUUUUCUUUACUUAAAUUGUUGGAGUGCUUCUUUGAGCCCUUCAUGCCAAAAGAGGUAAUUUUCAUUAUGAUUUUUUUGUUGAGUUUUCAGCUGAAUUUUCAAAAAAAUCUUGUAUAUUUUUAUUAAGUUUUAAUUUUUUAUUUGAUAUUUUGAAAAAUGUGUUGUAUUUGCUUUAAAUGACAUAAAAAUCUAUUGUCCUUUGCCAUAAUGGUUUAUAAUGAAGCUAACAGAUCUCACAGAAAAACAAAAUGUUUUGGAUUGGCUUUGGUCAGACUGAUGUUAUGUUUAAGAAACUGAUGAAAUAUUGCAUAAGGAAUCUCAAGCUUCUAACUUCUAGGCUUAAUUUUGUUAGCAAAUGAUUUUAAAAACAACAAGAUUUGUAAAGAUAUAAUUUGUUUUCUUUUGUGCAUUUUAAUUAUGCCUGGUUUAAAAAAAACUGUUUCUUGAAUAUCACUUUUUAAUGACAUGUUUUUGUUAUCUUUGAGAAAAGGAAGUGUUCAAACACAAAUAGACUAUGUUUGUAUGUUUUAACUAGAAAAGAAAAGUCAAUUGUGAGGCUUUUUACCCCCAAAUCUUCCCCAUCUUCACAUCUAACCCAAUCAUCAUUAAUUUUAUUGAAUUCUUUAUAAGUUUUAGUUAGUUUUUUUAAAAGUGUGCAGUGUCUCUUUGCCUCAUUUGAGUAUAACAAUAAAAAAAAUUUGUAACUUCAAGUGAAAAAAAUAACAAGUGUACAGUUGUAAAUUCAAAUGUGACAUCAUUUUAUUUCAAAAUUACCAUAUUAUUCCUGAUUAAAGGGAUUUAAAAAACAAUUAAAAUAAAUUUCUAAUUGAAAACAAUGAAUAUCACUGAAAAAUUAUAAGUUUAUUAUAUGUCAAACUGUGUGAAAUAUCUUGUUGUGUUUUGGUUGACAUCACAAGUGUGUGCUUCCUUGCACUAUAACACAAACCAAUAUUUGCUUGUCUGUGUAGAACCCAUUGGGCUAUCGAAAAGUGGUGAGUAUGUCAUGUAGAGCUGCAAUUAUCAACAUUAUUCCUGUAAAUUUUAUUCAACACUGCCCUUUACAUUAUUUGUCAAUUUCAAUUAAAAAUUCUCUUGUUUUAUAUCUGUCAUGUUUUCAUUUGUAGCCACAAUUAACAUUUUCUUCCAUAUUAUAACAUAUAAUGUAACUAUACUUUUUCUUUCAAUUAUUUAUUCAUAUCUGUACCAAAUUUUCUUUAAAACGUUGAUGACAGAAAAAUUGUUUGUAAAAAAAAUUCACAUUACACCAUUUUUAUUACAUUAACUUCAUGAUAUAUAUUUACAUUUCUAUAGAUGCAUCUAUAUAUAAGCAUGCUCUCCUUAGAAGCUUGGGGGAAAAAUAUGAUUCUUGUUUUCCUCUUUCAUAGGAUCAUAUUCAUUUCAGCAACAGAAGAUUGCACUUGGAAACAAUCAUUCUAUAAUAUAUUAUUAUUUGAUACUAUAAGACCUGUUUCAUACAAAACAAUGAACUGAAACUCAGAAAGGUCAAUAGUGUUCUAUUUAAUCUUUAUUUCAAAUAAUUUGAAGCAAAAACAAUGAGGAUAAUUGGUUAUGAACUAAUUAAUUUUCUUUUUUCUUUUUAUUACUUCUUUCAUUCUACUCAGUUCUUUAGCCAUGUAUUAAUUGUUUUAAAGUUAUUGUAGUAGAGCUGCUCUAACCUUUUCUGUUUUGAAACCUUUUGGUAAUGUAAUGCAGCCCAAAAACUUCAAAAUAUCCCCCCCCCCAACCCCAUUCAUUGACUUUAGAAUAUAUUUAGGACAGUGAAUUUAGAAUUGUCCUUUUUAUGUAUCAUUGUAGUCUUUCCUAUUAAUUUUUUUUUUAUCACCUUUUCCUUUCCUUGUUUCAUAAUUUUUAUUCAUGUAUCUUUUAUUUCCAUUUUGUAUUUCAUAGUCAUUACAUCUCUUCAUUUUUAUUCAUCGUACAUUUUUUAUUCAUUCAUUCUCAUUCUGUACGAAUAUUUUAAUUUUUAUAAAUGUCUUUCAUCUAGUAACUUUAUUUUAAAAGAGUAUCUGGCUGUGUUUUUCUCUAUUGUAAAAUUUUGCAUCUUGACAGUAAAAAACAAAAAGCAUGAUUAAUAAUUCCCGGAUUUCAAGAAAAUAUUAUCUUUGGGUAUUAUAGUAACUUCGACGAAAUUUCAUUCGAUUAACUUUCCGGAUACGCACUUUAUUAUACCUUAGCGACACCAUAUAUAUAUAUAUAUAUAUAUAUAUAUAUAUAAGAAUGUUUACAUAUAUUCUACAGGCUUUCUAAAAUUUUUUUUACUUGAAAAUAGUAAUCAAUUAAAUGCUACUAAAUCUGAAAUAUUUCCACAUCAAACCUUAAGUAAAUUAAAUUUAACAUCCAUAGCAUUACCAUAACCAGUCACAGAGGUGGAUUGUGAAUAAUGGUAGGAAAUAUAUUAAUUGGGCUGUGGGGAAGGGUUGAGCUGUUGUGAGAAAGGGGAUAAUUUUUUAUCUUGUUUAUGGAUGAAAACUAAUCAGAUUUUCAACUGUAUUAUUUUGAACAUUUCUUCUGCAGCUAUUUAUUAUCUUCACUGCUUUAUUGCAGUAAUUCAAAUACUAUCUUGUCAGCUCAUUUUUCAUGACAAAAUGGUGAUUUAAAUAUUUCCUUCUUUAUAUUUUAACUCUAACUAGCUGCAUCCUUCUGGCAUAUCAAGUGAGACAUAAAGUUUGAAGAAAAAAACCUUGUCACAAAUCACUGGAGUUCAUUUAAUUUCACAAUAUUCAAUGAUUUGUUUUUAGUUUUCAAAAAUGUUCAAGUUAAAUACUAUUUAUUUGACAGUUGCAUGAGUUGUUUUUUUUCAUACUUUCUUUCACACAACAGUCCAAUAGCAGUGGCAUUAUUUCUUGUUAUUGUUUAUAAAACCAUGUUCACUUUUUACAACAUUUUAAAGCAGGCCUGCACAAUUCAUAAUGUAAGGCAGGACGUAAUACUUUAUAAAAACUGUGCGGGCCAAAAGAAAUUAGGACAAGACUUGUGCGGGCAAAAGAAAACAAGACAUGGAGGAAAGCUUUAAGAAAAUAAUAAGAAUAAAAAAUAUUUCGUUCCUUCGCGGGCCGCAAAGUGGGUGGUGGCUGGCUGCAUGCGGCCCGCGGGCCGUAAGUUGUGCAGGCUUGUUAUAAAGUAAUGGCCUUAUUGGUGUCUUAUUUUAUUUACAUUAUAAGAUAUAUUUUAUUAACUUUUUUUUUCUUGCUUUGUUAAUUCCUACAAAUCAUUUUUUUUUUGCUAGAAUAAACAGAAUAUUUCUCUUAAUAAAUUACAUUUUCCCUGAAAAAUGGAUUUUUAAACAUUAAACAUUCCAUAAUUUAUUUAUGAUCCCUUCACAGUGCUCACCAACUUUAGAAAACUAAGCACUAGCAUUUAUAUCUCAUAAAAUCAUUCUAAAUCUUUAAACCAGGGGGAACAACCUAUACCAGAAGACCUCUUGGCCCGUAUAACAGAACUAAUUGAACCAUGGUUUAUCUUCUCCUUGGUGUGGUCUAUUGGAGCCACAUGUGACAAUUAUAGCAGAAAGAAAUUUUCUCAGUGGCUCAGAGAGAAAAUGAAGGAAGCAAAGGUGAGCUGUUAAUUGUUGAACUAGAACAUGUUAGUAUGUUUUUUGUAUAGCAGUGACACCUGGCAGAAGGACUCAAUGUCCCAUUUACGUGACCCAAUCAGAACAUUUAAAAAAUAUUUAGGCCCCAUUACCAAGAUUAUUUAUUUAAUUAUAAAUGAGAUUUUCCCCCUAGAAAGAUCCUUAUGAAAUUCUUGUCUCCACGGUUUAUUUUCCAACAAUUUCAAAAAAUUCCAUUUGGAAUGUAAUAACCUCUCAAUCAAUGAUUGACAAAUUUAUAUUAAAAUAUUAACCAUUACAAAAGUUGAUGAUAGGUAAUUGCUAAAUUAAUAUAAGAUGAGAGGGCCAUUUGGCAUUUGUUGUGUUGACAAGAUCAGUAAAGAUUACAUUGAUUUUUACAAACAGAUUGAGCUGAUGUUUCCAGAGGCAGGCCUGGUUUAUGACUACAUGCUGGAUGAUGCUGGAAUCUGUAGUACUGCUGCUUCCAGCCUUGAAGAGGAAGAUGAGGAAAUUAAAAAGGUUGUCAAGCUUUCUGGGGUGGUUAGGGUGGAUGGUUUGUCACAUUACUGCCUUAUAAAUAUGAUGUGUUUAAAAAGACAGAGUUUUUAUUGUUGUUUUAGAGCAUGAAAUCAUUGGAAUGUUUUGAUAUUUAAUGGGAAUUGAUUAUGUGGUUUAUUGAGGCAUUGAAGGCUGUGAACAGACUACAAAGAUUUGAAUGAAUCUAAAAUGUAUCAGUCUAGCUACAAGCUUCAUCAUGUUUUUGAUUUAAAAAAAAAAAUUCAAUUUGUUAUUUACACUAAGAAUUAGAGUUUGAAGUUGAUGAUUGCUCGACACAAGAUGUAACCUGAGCCAAACAAAGGAUAAAUUCAUUUGAACUGAACAGCUGUUGAGUGUUAGCUUAUUUCCUUCCUGGUCACUUCACACUGCAGUGGAGGGACACUUUCCUGUCAGUACAACAGCUUCUUACUUCACACAGUCAAUCUGGUGGAACUGGAGCUUCUCAUUUUUUUACCCUCAUCAUUACUGGGGACAGAUUUCAAUCUGCGGUCCCCUAUUAUUAGGAUAUAAAUGUUACACCACAGCUCUGUGAUGCCGAUGAUCAUUCAUGAUUUUAAAAACUUAAAUACUCACCACUAUGAAUACUGUCCAUUGUAGAGUUUAUUAUAACAGCCUGAUUUGAGGAUUCUAUCAUACUUAUUCCUACAAACUCUGACAGAAAGUUCAAUGGAGAAACUGGGUGGACACAAUGGAUACUUUCACCAUUGCUUCUGAUGCCAAGUACUCUGACAUUAUUGUUCCAACCAUUGACACAAUUCGAAGUGCCAAAGUUCUGGAAAUGUUGGUCAGCAAUAAGAAAACUGUGAGUACUAUGCAACAAAUAAUGUAAGUUUUUGUUAUGCUCAGAAAACGUAUACAUAAAUUAAAAGAAUUGAAUUGCAGCCAUGAAAAGUUUGACAAUUUUUAAGAUAAGAAACAGUCAUGGCAUUUCUCUAUUUUGUAUUCACUCACAUCCUUAAAAGAAGAAAAAAUGUAUUUAAAUAAUUCUUCAAAUGCUUUGAAAAGUUGCACCAUUUCACAUCAAUACUCAAGUGAUUUCUUAUAGCUUUUUACUAACUUUUUUCAUUAAUAAUUAAGAAAAUAUUCACUCUUAUAAUUCAAUGCCUGAAAGCAGUUUAGCUUCUGAUAGUUACUGAUCCAUGCAAUAUCACAUAGUAUACAGCUGUGGCGGAUGGGGAUAAAUAUUGAAUGUAUUUCGUACAUUCUCAAUAACGUUUUUAUUAAUGUACUAAAACAAGGACUCCUUAGAUUGGUGACCAAGACAUGAUAUUUAAUAAAACUUUGAUUCAAAUAGUUAACUAACAAAUUUUCCUAGGUGUUGUGUGUGGGUCCAACUGGUACUGGGAAAACCCUGACCAUUGCAGACAAGUUGUCAAGAAGUAUGCCCAAAGAAUAUGUCCCGGAGUUCAUUAUUUUCUCAGCCAAGACAAGUGCAAAUCAGACACAAGACCUGGUUGAUGGCAAACUGGACAAGAGGUUGGUCAGAUAAAAGACAAUUUGUAGAGUGGUUCAAUGGUAGAGUUAAUAACUUGACAAGAGAUUGAUCAGAUAACAGACAAUUUGUAGAGUGGUUCAAUGGUAGAGUUAAUAACUUGACAAGAGAUUGGUUAGACAUCAAGACUACUGGUAGAGUUGCUCAACAGUUGAACUAAUACAAAGCUCUCAGCUAAAAUGUUUUCUAUAAAUCAACUGUAUUUUAUCAUUAAUUUAUAUAACAUUCUCACGUAUUGUGAAAAAACUGAAGCAUUUGAAGUCUGAUCCGACUAGUUAAAUUUCAUAUAUAAAUGUAUACAACUUCUUGCCCAGGCGUAAAGGUGUGUUUGGUCCACCACUGGGCAAGUAUUUUGUUUUCUUCAUUGAUGAUGUGAACAUGCCAGCCCUGGAGGUUUAUGGCGCCCAGCCUCCCAUUGAACUGAUCAGACAGUACAUGGACUUCAAGGGAUGGUACGACAGGAAGGCCAUUGGUGAGUUGGCUGUAGCUAUUUUAACUAAGGUUUCAUUUUCAGCUGAAACAUAUGGAUUGUUGUUAUGCAAUUAAUUUUUUUUUAUUUUGAUGCUAAAUAACCAUACAAACAUUAUAAACUUUGCAAAAUGAAUACUGUAAGAGCAGUAAAAAAAAAUUUAUUAUUUAAAUUUUUACUUAUCAAACAAGUUAGCCAUCAUGUUAUAAUUAUCAUAAGAGGAAUUUAGGCUUAAAUUCAAUUUUUUCAAAGGUGAGUUCCGCAAUCUGGUUGAUGUCAACUUUGUGUGUGCCAUGGGUCCACCAGGAGGUGGCCGUAAUCCUGUCACUGCUCGCCUGCUACGUCAUUUUAAUUACCUGGCCUUCACAGAGAUGGAGGAUGAAAGCAAGAGCCGCAUCUUUAAAGCCAUCCUGGACUCCUGGAUGAGUGAGUCAUCUUUUCAAACACAUUUUAUAUUUAAGUUGCCUCUGAAAAUAUUAUUAAAAUCACAUGCCCAGAGCCAGAUUUCCCAUAGGGCCAACCUUGGCAAUAACCUAGGGCAUGGCAGUCAAGGGCCUUAUAUACAAAAAAAGUAAAACCAAAAUUUAUAAACCUUUCAGUAGGAUAUAGAUACUAUUUUUGAGAAUGUCAUAUAAAAUGCUGAAGUAGAGUAGAUUUAAAAUAAAAAUAUAAUGUGCUAUAAAGAUUAUAAGGUUUGUAUUAAGUGAUUAUGUUUAAAAAAUAAACUGUUAUAUAUUAAAUUUGAAUUUAUCAAUUAACUUUUUGAGGGCAGGGAGAAGGGGCCAAGCAUUAUGUGCUUUGGCCUAGGGCCCAGAAAUGUGUGCUUUGGCUUAGUGCCCAGAAAUGUGUGCUUUGGCUUAGUGCCCAGAAAUGUGUGCUUUGGCCUAGGGCCCAUAAAUGUGUGCUUUGGCCUAGGGCCCUGAAAUGUGUGCUUUGGCCUAGUGCCCAGAUUUAUGUGCUUUGGCCUAAACUCAGAAAUGUAUGCUUUGGCCUAGGGCCCAGAUUUAUGUGGUUUUGCCUAGGGCCCAGAAAUGUGUGCUUUGGCCUAGGGCCCUUGUGUGCUUUGGCUGAGUGCUCAGAUAUGUGUGCUUUGGCCUAGGGCCCAUAAAUGUGUGCUUUGGCCUAGGGCCCUGAAAUGUGUGCUUUGGCCUAGUGCCCAGAUUUAUGUGCUUUGGACUAAACUCAGAAAUGUAUGCUUUGGCCUAGGGCCCAGAUUUAUGUGGUUUUGCCUAGGGCCCAGAAAUGUGUGCUUUGGCCUAGGGCCCAGAAAUGUGUGCUUUGGCUUAGUGCCCAGAAAUGUGUGCUUUGGCCUAGGGCUCAGAAAUGUAUGCUUUGGCCUAGGGCUCAGAAAUGUAUGCUUUGGCCUAGGGCCCAGAUUUAUGUGCUUUUGCCUAGGGCCCAGAAAUGUGUGCUUUGGCAUAGGGCCCAGAAAUGUGUGCUUUGGCUUAGUGCCCAGAAAUGUAUGCUUUGGCCUAGGGCCCAGAUAUGUGUGCUUUUUCCUAGGGCCCAGAAAUGUGUGCUUUGGCAUAGCGCCCAGAAAUGUGUGCUUUGGCUUAGUGCCCAGAAAUGUAUGCUUUUUGCUUUGGCCUAGGGCCCAGAAAUGUGUGCUUUGGCCUAGGGCCCAGAAAUGUAUGCUUUGGCCUAGGGCCCAGAUUUAUGUGCUUUUUCCUAGGGCCCAGAAAUGUGUGCUUUGGCAUAGGGCCCAGAAAUGUGUGCUUUGGCUUAGUGCCCAGAAAUGUAUGCUUUGGCCUAGGGCCCAGAAAUGUGUGCUUUGGCCUAGGGCCCUGAAAUGUGUGCUUUGGCCUAGUGCCCAGAUUUAUGUGCUUUGGCCUAGGGCUCAGAAAUGUAUGCUUUGGCUUAGGGCCUAGAAAUGUGUGCUUUGGCCUAGGGCCCAGAAAUGUAUGCUUUGGCCUAGGGCCCAUAAAUGUAUGCUUUGGCCUAGGGCCCAGAAAUGUAUGCUUUGGCCUAGGGCCCAGAAAUGUGUGCUUUGGGCUAGGGCCCAUAAAUGUGUGCUUUGGGCUAGGGCCCAUAAAUGUGUGCUUUGGGCUAGGGCCCAGAAAUGUGUAAAUGCUGACUAAUGCAUGCCUUAUAAAACUACCUACUGGUCAAGGUAGAUAAAAGAUUUACAAUAUCCAGACAUGCACGUGUGUAAAUGUGUAAAAUAUAUCGAAUAUAUGAAAAUCAAAGCCACAGAAGCUGAUAAUGGAUAAAAAAAAAUAAAUAAUCAACUAACAAUCCAUAACUGGGAGCUGCAUUUACCCUUUGUGGGUCUUUGUGCUAAAAAGUUUGUAAAGCCAUCCCAUUGUAUUUUUCAUUCUGUUCCCAGCCUUGACUCCAUCUGUGACCGAGUACAGCCAGGCCAUGGUCACCACAUGCAUCUCCAUGUACAACACCAUUCAGACCCAGCUCCUGCCGACCCCCGCCAAGUCUCACUACACAUUCAAUCUGAGAGAUCUGUCCAAAGUCUUCCAGGGGAUACUCAUGUGUCAGCCUGACAGCAUCAAAGUAAUCACCCAUAGCAUUCCUCUAACAAUUGGUGCUCGUCACUGACACAAUAUUACAAACAAGUAUUUCCAUACUAGUUUACACCAAGUGCAUACCAGUGUAUCCAACAGCAACAAAAAAAAAUUACAAUAUUUCAGAUUAUAGCAGUAUAAUAAUUUUAAUAAUACAUCACAAUUAAUAAAAAGUACUUGCAAAGUUUGCAUACACACAUUAGAAAAUACAUUUACCAAAACUAAAAUGUUCUUAAAAAAAAAAGAAAAAAAUACACAUUUCAUAUUUUAUAACUUAAUCAUGAGAAAUUAGUUACUAAGAUUUGCACUUAGUCUUAGAGUAAAUGAUUACAAGAUAAGUACCCUGAAUACUAACUUUGGGGGGGGGGAAUCUUUCUUGAAUAAACAUUAUUUUCAAACCCUGAAGCUUUUCCUUAAAAUGAUUUUUUAAUUUUCAGGGCAUCAAUGAUUUGUUGAGACUGUUCUACCAUGAGAGCUGCCGUGUCUUCCAGGAUCGUCUUGUCAAUGAUGAGGACCGCAACUGGUUUGAGAACCUGCUGAAAGACAAAAUGGAAUCAGAUUUUAAAACCAAAUUUGAAGAUGUGGUCACUCAGAAGCCAGUCAUCUUUGGUGAUUUCAUGAAUGCAAAUCUAGACCCCAGGCCUUACAAUCUGAUAGAGGAUCAUGAAAAGGUUGGGGAAAGCAACACAAUUGGUUCAUGUCUCUUCCUUACAUAAUUUUAACUAAAAAAAAAUUCUAUCAUAAGUAAAAUCAUAAGCAUUGGAAAAUCUUGACCAGCUUUGAAUUUCAUUCUUAAAACACUUUAUGACAUAACAUUGCAGAAUUUUUAAUAAAAAUAUAUCUAUAUGAGGGCAAUGAUCUAAUUAUUUUUUUUCUUCUAUGUGUAAUUUAACUUAUAUAUUUACCUUACAUUACAAGAACUGAUCAGCACAAAAAUCAAAGAAGUAUCAAAUAGUUUAAAUUCAUCAGUAAUUCAAUGUACAUGCUACUGUGUUUGAUUUCUUGACAGCUUGUGAAAACACUGGAUGAGUUUCUGGAGGACUACAACCAGGUCAACACAGCCCAGAUGAGACUUGUCCUGUUCAUGGAUGCUGUGACUCAUGUCAGCCGUAUUGCCAGGAUCAUUCGUCAGCCAUUGGGAAAUGCACUUCUGCUAGGAAUGGGAGGUAGUGGCAGGCAGAGCUUGACCCGACUGGCUGCACACAUGUAAGCUGAGCAGAUGACUGUCAUCUAAAAGAUAUUACUCUAAUUAGUGGAGGCAAUUUAUUUAUUUAGCUACCAGCAUGUUAAAGUUAAAGUUAUAAUCAAGUAUUAUUUAUUCUUAAAGAUCUAUUUAAAAAAAACAACUAUUUGUUGGUAUGGAGACUCUAUCGUACUUUUAAGACAAAAAAUAUAUAUUUAAUAAAAUCACUGAAAAGUUUAUUUAUUUCUUUGUAAGAGUCUUACUGAAAUUUGCAUUCAGUGUAGGCUACAUAAAAUAUAUUUUUAGGCAUUCCUCAUAUAUGAUAAUGACUUAUUCAGUUUACGAUUGCAUGAAGCAUUCUAACUAUUUUUUUAUUAUUUUACAGGACAGAAUAUGACUGUUUCCAGAUUGAGCUGGCUAAAAACUAUGGGCCAUCUGAAUGGAGGGAGGAUCUGAGAAAGGUCAUGAUGAAGGCCGGCCUGGAGAACAAACCAGUCGUUUUCUUAUUUAGUGAUACACAGGUAAAUAAUGACACACUGGUAAUUGGUGAUAAACAAGUAUCUAGGAAUACAUGGGUAAAUUGUGAAACACUUGUAAAUUUCCUAUUAUUGUAUAUUAGGUGGUCCCUUUUGAACUAAUAGAUUAAAAGUAUGGAAAGUUCAAUGCAUUAAACAUGAAAAUAGUAAAUAACUAACUUAAGAUAACAAGAAAGAAUUUAAAUAAACAUAAUUGUAAAGCAAAUUAUAUUUUCUUAGUAGAAUCUAUGUCUGGUGACUUUUCUUAAUAAAUGACCCUGAAUAGAUAUUUCUAUAUUUUGGACAUUAAAUAAUUGUAACAUAUUGAUGACUAUUAAAUCUUGUUGUAAAAUGUGCCCACCAUAUAUAUUCAUGAAUGAAAACUGAAUUCCAGAUCAAGAGUGAAUCUUUCCUUGAAGACAUCAACAACAUCCUCAAUGCUGGUGAUGUGCCCAACAUUUAUGGCUUUGAUGAGCUGGAGAAAAUUUACACGGAUAUGAAACCCUUCGUCCAAGAUUUGGGAAUGCAGCCAACAAAGACUAACUUGUUCUCAGCUUACACUAAACGAGUGCGCAGCAAUUUACACACUGUGCUGGCCAUGAGGUGUGUAAGGCAUUUUUUAAACAUACGUGACACAAGGCUUUUAGCAUACAGUUGUUAUGUAUUUUUUAUAACUCAAUAUUAUGUUUUAACUAGUUAUAGCCUGCCAAAGAGAUGGUGAAAGCAAUGUGUGAACUUGCCAUCUACUUAAGUUACUUGACAAAACAUGCAUUCAAGUUACAAAUUUAAUAAAAAUCCCAGUUAGUGCUUACCCCUCCCCCAGUUAUUUUACCACACACUUUUUCCCACACUCCUGAACUUUAUUUAUUUUACCUCCUUUUACUAGUUUAGCGUGGCAGAUUUUUUGCACCAUAUUUAAAUUUAGACUAUUUCCAUAAAACAAGAGAAAAUGUUAUGCACCAAAUGUACUUGCAGUAUUUUAAAAAUAUCAUGUUUAGUGCAGGUAUCAGGAAUUUUUUUGUGUGGACUAUUGAACUCACCAUUACACCCUGCUUUAUUUCAUACAUAGAGAAUUAAUAGUUAUACCAUUCCUCAAUUAUCACUCGGAGCUAAAAUUCCUUUUUUUUAAAUGGCUCUUCUAAAAAAGAUGGCCUUUAACUUAUUUUCUUGGGCUCAAAUAAAAUUGUUUACAUUGAAAUUAAAUCCCAAUACGUAUUAAUGUCAAAAGUGCUGUUAACCACAAAAUAUAUUUUAGUUUGGUGGAAAAAUUACAUACAUUAUUAACAGUUUACUUUCCAUGGGGUCUUGGGAACUAAUGUCCUCACCCUAGGAUAAAAGGAUUGAUGGGUAAUCAACAACUGAUUUUAUCUUUGUCUAAGUAUAUAAGGAAGCCUUCACAUGACAUUAGCAUUUUUUGUAUUAUAUCGGAACAUAUAUAAAAGUAUGAAUAGCAAUCUUUCUCAGCAACCUGCUUUGAAAAAUUGAAAAAAAUGCUUAUAGUAUACUUUGGAGAUGAAAUUAACAAUUAAUUAUCAUUCAAAAAAUAGAAUAAAAAAACAAUAUCCACAGCUUUUAACCUGUAAAGAGAACAAGUCAAAGCUUUCAAUGGCACAUCAAAAUAAUGUAUUCCUAUUUUCCUCAGUCCACUUGGUGAAAUUUUCCGUGCCAGACUCCGUCAGUUCCCAGCCCUGGUCAACUGUUGCACAAUUGAUUGGUUUAGCCAGUGGCCAGCUGAUGCCCUCAAAUCUGUAGCUCUGAGAUUCCUCAAUGACAUACCUGCACUUGACACAACUGACACUGUUAUGGAUGGCUUGGUAAGUUGUUUAAUUAAUCAAUGUACAAUUGUUUUUCAAAAAGUUGGAAUUAAGGCAAAUAUCAAUCUUUGACUGUGUUUAAGACAUCGUGUGUAACAACUUUAAAAAAAAAUCCGAUUGAUUUGUAAUUAAAAAUAAAAUCUUUUAUAGACUUUUCACUCUACGGACUUUGGAAUUUAGAAGAGGAUAAAUUACAUCACAUCAAGAAAUCAAAGUACAAUGGUUUAUUAUUUAAAUGAUAUCUGUGAAAGUGAGAUGUGUACCCCUAAGUCACAGUGAAUACAAUCUUUAAUAUUUUCUUGCACAUCCAGGUGUCCAUGUGUCAGAUAAUCCAUGAGUCCGUCACUGUCAACUCUGCCAAGUUCCUGGCCGAAAUGUCACGUCACAACUAUGUCACCCCCACAAGUUACUUGGAGCUGCUGGGCAUCUUCUCCAAGUUGGUUGGUUUUAAGAAAGAUGAGCUCAGUUCAGCACAGAAAAGACUCAAGGGUGGUUUGAAUAAGGUAGUUUUAAAAAUUUUAACUUUAAGUAAAUGAGAUACUUAUCUUAGUGAGAACCUCUGUAAUAGUCAAACUCUUAUUAAUGGACUAAGAUUAUGGAUUUUUACUGCCCUGAUAUAAAGGCAACCUUUUAAAAUAUUCUCAAACCAUUUCAAAGUGUGACAGGUUUAUUAUUUUAAACAAUUAAGUGAAAGUUGGUGGAACUUAAUUAUUUUAACUGAUUUUCAGUUGCUGACAACCGCUGAUGAAGUAGGAAAAUUACAGGAAGAGCUGGCCACAAUGCGGCCCAUGUUGGAGGAAGCAGUCAAAGAAUCUAUCACCACCAUGGAGAAAAUUUCAAAAGACACUGUAAGAAAUGGUUGUGAAGAGAAAUUUUGUAAAUAUCCUAUUCAUUGAUUCAUUUUUUAUUUAUUUCCACUGUUGAUAAAAGAGUGCAAAAUUUCUAUAACAAGCCAUUAUCAAGGGUGGAUCCCUAAAUUGAGAGAGUUUAAAAUUAUAUUUUUAAUUUUGACUAAAAUUUAUUGAAAUAUUUUUUUUAUUGAUCUGUAUAAUAUACUAUAAUGAAAUAAAUUUUAAAUUUUUCUCUUUUUAAAGAGUUGAAUUUCAAAGGCUGUUACUCAAAAGAUUUGCAUUAAAAGAAAUUUAUAACAUUUAGAAGAAAAGUGUGCAGUUCUUCUAAUGCUCUUCUAUGGUUUUCUCUAUUAGAAAAUAGCUGAGGAAACCAAAGCAGUUGUACAGAAAGAAGAGGAGCAGGCCACCAAAAAGGCAGUUGAGACCCAAGCCAUUGCUGAUGACGCACAGAGAGACUUGAAUGAAGCCCUGCCAGCCCUGGUCAGUUGUACCAGUUUAAACACUCCCAGCUGUGAUAGUUUAAACACUCCCAGCUGUGAUAAUUUAAAGACUCCCAGCUGUGAUAUUUAAAUACUCCCAGCUGUGAUAUUCUAAAUACUCCCAGCUUUGAUAGUUUAAAUACUCCUAGUUUUGAUAGUUUAACACUGCCAGGCUGUGAUAAUUUCAAUAUUCCCAGCUGUGAGAUUUUUAAUGCUCCCAGCUUUAAUAAUUUAAACCCUUCCAGCUGUAAUAGUUUAAAUUUUAAACAUCAGUUUAUUUAAUCUCUUUUCUUGGAAAUGCCACUCUUUCAUCUAUAUUUGCUAGAAUAUGUAACCGACGAAGAUGGUAGAUGGUGAUUGUUCUCCAAGCAAUUAUUGAAUUUUAUUAUUUAAUUUUAGAUUUGAUACCAGAACUUUAUUAAAUAUCUACCUAAUUUGAUUGUGUCUCAGUCAAGAUAAUAUCCUAACUCCCAGCCUUACUUUAUUUAAACAUCACAAUUAUAUCACUGACUCGUCUUCAUCUACUACUCGCCACCUUUACCAAUCAAUAUAAAUAACUUUUUCCCAGGAUGCCGCCCUUGCUAGCUUGAAGUCUUUGACCAGAGGUGAUGUGGUUGAAGUGAGAGCCCUGCAGAGACCUCCAGAUGGUGUCAGACUUGUCAUUGAGGCAGUCUGUAUCAUGAAGGUAAGUCUUGCUUUUGUUUGUGAAGCUUACAAAUUAUUUUUUUUAAAUAUGAGAUUAAGUAAAAUUAAAUUUAAGAAACCAUUGGUUUAGGGUGUAAUUUUGGGUCACGCAAUAACAUAUUAACAUUACAUGAAUGUAAAAGAACAGAAGGAAUAUUUUUUAAGUGAGCAGCUGACAUCUAAAAUAAAACUUCUUUUGCACUUUUAACAGAAUGUAAAAGGCAAGAAGGUUGCUGGGGAUAAGCCAGGUGUUAAGGUGGAAGAUUUCUGGGAACCGGGUAAAGCUCUAUUGCAAGACCCAACCAAAUUCUUGGAAAGUUUGUUCAAAUAUGACAAAGACAACAUUCCAGAUGAGGUCAUCAAGAAGAUUCAACCAUACAUUGAUGAUGAGUCAUUUACACCAACAGCUAUAGCCAAGGUAAAGUGGUUUCAGCCAUAGCAAAAGUAUAAGUUGUCUCAGCCAUAGCCAAGGUAUAAGUUGUCUCAGCCAUAGCCAAGGUAUAAGUUGUCUCAGCCAUAGCCAAGGUAUAAGUUGUCUCAGCCAUAGCAAAGGUAUAAGUUGUCUCAGCCAUAGCAAAGUUAUAAGUUGUCUCAGCCAUAGUCAAGGUAUAAGUUAUCUUAGUUAAUGGAAAUGAUUCUCAAAUAUUUCUUUCUCCAAGUAUUAAUUUGUUAAUAAUUUUGAUAUAAAUACUUAAGUAUUCAUUUAUUUGAAAAUAUUGAUAUAUUUACAUUUAUCACAAGACAAACUCACACAUGUUGACAGACUUUAAUAAAUUACAAGAAAAAUGGAAUAUUUUAAUUAAAAUCCACCAUAAGGUCUGUGCAAAUAUUACUCACUGUUUUAAGCUGAAGAUAAUUUAAGAAUAUUUAAGAUUAACAAUAUAUUAACAUAAUAAGUACUGACUACUCUCUGCUCUAGGUAUCCAAAGCCUGCACCUCCAUCUGCCAGUGGGUGAGGGCCAUGCACAAAUAUCACUUUGUGGCCAAGAGUGUGGCUCCCAAGAGGGAAAAACUUCGCAUUGCCCAAGAAGAACUCUCAGAGACACAGCGGGUGUUGGACACUGCCAAGUCCAGGCUGCAGGAGGUGGAGCAGGGCAUUGCCACUCUACAGGCCAAGUACGACGACUGUGUCAGGAAGAAGGAUGAGCUGGAAAACAAAUGUAAAGAGUGUGAGGCCAGGUUGAUCAGAGCUGACAAGGUGAGGGUCGGAAAAGGUGGGGGGGGGGGGAAGUGGGGGGCAAUCAAUUUAGAAAAAUAUGGUUGUAAAGUUUUGUGCAAAUUUCUGUAUAUUUUUGUAAAGAUUUCAUAAAGACAUUUCUUGAGCUGACAAGGUGAGGGUCGGAAAAGGUGGGGGGGGGGGGGAAGGGGGGGGCAAUCAAUUUAGAAAAAUAUGGUUGUAAAGUUUUGUGCACAUUUCUGUAUAUUUUUGUAAAGAUUUCAUAAAGACAUUUCUACCAGGGCCUGUAAUUUUGAGUGUCAUCUAAUUCCUCACUCAUUGCAACACUUUAUUGGCUGCUUUAAGCCCAAUCAACUGUUAGAGAAAAACAGUUUUACUUUUUUAUACUCAGAUCUCUAAAUUUUGUUUUCAUUACACUUUAUUCAAAAGAAGAUUACUUCUAAAGUGAAUUAAAAAUUGUUACAUAUUACUGAAAAAAAUGGGGAUUGAACCACAAUUAGUUGACUUCACUAUGCUGAUAUUGCUCGGUUUUGCAAUGGCUACAGGGCUGCUUGUUUAUAUUCACAGCUGAUUGGUGGCCUGGCAGAUGAGAAAGACAGGUGGAGGGAAGCUGUGGAUAAGUUGGAUAAAAUUAUUGGUAACAUUGUUGGUGACGUAUUGGUGUCAUCAGGAUGUAUAGCCUACUUGGGACCUUUCACUGUGAGUUUACAAAACUUUAUUCUGUUAGUUGACACCAUUUAAAGUUGGGAAGGGGGGGGGGGGGGGGGGGCAACACAUUUUUGGGGUUCAGUGACAAAAAAUCAAGGUGUCCUUAAAUAUUCAUUACAAUCAUAUUUGAAAAGAUGAUUUUUAUAGUAUGUAUCAAGUUCAUAUAAAUAAGUCCUUUACAAAUGUUUCUAUCUGGACUAUUUUCUGUUUUGGCACUUACAGUUAGUGUUGGUGCUAACAAAUCUAAAGAAAUUAUACUUUUGGUAUUUGAUACCAACUUCAGGCUAUGCCCUUGGUUAUAUUUUUUUUACACAUCACUGGUGGAUACUACAAAAUGGAUCCUCAGCAGUGACGUGGCUAGGGUUAGUGCUGUCAGGGGUGGGCCGAGAUUUUGGUCACCCUCACCCAACAAAAAAAUCUGGAGUUGGUAGAAAAUGCCGUCCUCAAAAUAAGGAAAAAAAGAACCAGCCGGGGCAGGCCGCCCCAUCCGUCCCACCCUUCCUAUGCCAGUGAUCCUCAGUAACCCAUUUUUACAACAGUGGGUAUCCAAAUUUGCCCAUAUACCCUUAACUGUUUAAUAAUAUUUAUACUUAUACCAUUUGUUACUUGAAAACCAUCAGGGAGCUUACCGCAACAAUAUGGUGUCAAGCUGGAUUACCAAACUUGAUGAGUGUUAUGUGCCACGUACAGAAGAGCCAUCACUUGUUGGUACCAUGAGUGAGCCGGUCAAGAUCCGUAGCUGGCAGAUUGCCGGUCUACCAAAGGACAACUACUCAGUAGAGAAUGGUGUUAUUGUUCAGUACUCCAGGCGCUGGUCACUUUUCAUUGACCCACAAGGUCAAGCCAACAAGUGGAUUAAGAACAUGGUCAGUUUUCAUUAACUUUGUCCUCAUGAACUUAAAACUAUGUACAGUUGCAACUAUUAAACGACUGCUAAUGAACACACAAGCUGUGUGUCAAAAGACUUUGGUAACUUUUUUAUAAGCAAUACAAAAUUUCUUUAAUAAAUGCCACUUUUAAAUAGUCAAAAUAAAGAAUUUAGUGAGUGAAUUAUUUUUUAGUACAUGAAAGACAUGCUAUAGUGUUAAAAUAAUGAUAUUUGCUGUAGGCUGUACAUUAUAAAACCCCAAUGAAAAUUAUUUUUCUGAUUUCCCUGUAUAAAUAAAGUUAGAUAUGAUUCUUGAUUUUUAUCAAAUCUUUUCUCACUUUUCGUACCCAGGAGCGUGAAGCUGGUCUUGAUGUCAUCAAGUUGUCCGAUAAAGAUUUUCUGCGUAGUUUGGAAAAUGCUGUGAGAUUUGGUAAACCUUGCCUUCUAGAGAAUAUCAGCACUGAGCUUGAUCCCGCCCUGGAACCCAUUCUCUUAAGACAGGUAUUUACAGAUAGCUUAUCACAUUAAAUACUACAUUGUAACAUUGCAGGAAGUUAUUUUCACACCGAAAAAUUGUGCAUUUAUAUAUACAAAAAAAUCAUUUUCUCUCUUACCUAAUUUGAGCUGUCAAGUUUCUGGCAAUGGUGUUUGGAGAUAAAAAUAAGAUCAUUCUAUCAAGUUAUCUUCUCUUUGGGGAACUGUGAAGCUGUUGCUCUAAAAAUCAACAAGCAAAAUUCUUCUUGAGCUGGUGAAGCAAAAACAUAAUGUGCCUGCUGCCUGUAACCUCAACUGAUCAGCCAAAUUGGUGUCCAAAGUAGAAACUUGGACAUGCCAAAACUGUUUAUCUUUGGUGAAAAGAAGAGAAGGCCAACCUGAAUCACACAUUUUCUUACAUCAAAUUUACAACCUUUGUAAGUUUAGACCUGUUCCUUACAGCUUAAUUAAUCGUUUAUUUAAAAAAGCUAUUUUUUUAAAUUGUCAGUUUCUUCAAUGCUUAUAACAGAACUGUGCAAAUGUUUUAGUCAAUCUGAGAAAUCAAACUGCACUCACACUGUAUAACCCAGAGACUACUAUAUCCUUGAAUUGUUUGUUAUCACCACAGACCUACAAGCUUCAAGGUAGCACUGUGAUUAAGUUGGGAGAUGCAGUGAUCCCCUAUCAUGAUGACUUCAAGUUCUACAUGACCACCAAACUACCCAACCCUCAUUACACACCAGAGGUUUCCACAAAAGUAACUCUGGUCAAUUUUACUCUCUCUCCAAGGUUUGACGCUUCAGCAUCUCUUUUAAUAUUUCCAUUUGCUUGCUUAACCAAUUAAAAUAGAGAUUUAGAUUAGCAUGUAUAAUACUCAUUUAUUAUUUUUGUAUUUAUACUCAUUUAUUAUGUUUGUAUUUAUUAUUGACAGUGAUUUGUUUCUUUCAACUUGACCAUAGUGAUUUAUAUACAUGUUUUAUUUUUCAUAAUCACAACCAUUUAUACAAAUAGUUUUUAUGAUGAUGACAAUAAACUGACUGUUUUCAAUGUCCAGUGGUUUGGAGGAUCAACUGCUGGGUAUUGUGGUGGCUGAGGAGAGACCUGACUUGGAAGAGGCCAAGAACCAGUUGAUUGUUAGCAAUGCCAAGAUGAAGCAAGAACUGAAGGAGAUUGAAGAUCGCAUCUUGCACAGACUGAGCUCAUCAGAAGGAAGUCCUGUAGAUGACAUUGAUUUGAUACAAACAUUGGAAGCUUCUAAGAUCAAAUCCCAGGAGAUCACUGUUAGUAGAUAAUGUUUUCAUUGUUUCAGAAUAUUUAAAAAAAACAACUAUUAUUUAAAAUUCUAUCUAUUUCCGAAAGUUUCUUUCUAAAAGUAGUUUCAGUUCUAUGCAAGGGCAGAAAAUACUGAAAUCCAAAUUGAUAACCAAUCAGGAGAUGGAAAAUCAUUUCAAGCACUCUGAAGCUAAAUAUACAUACAUAUAAUAACCAAACAAGGGAAUGUAAAUAGUGAAAACAAUCUGGUUAUUUUAACAAAAGUAAAAAUGUUACCAACAUUCCAUAUGAGGAACAUAUUAGACUCACAAAUCAUCCCAGAAAAUAAUCUGAUCCUAUCAUUUGAACUGUUUCAAUUGAGUUUUAGUAGAAUUAGUCAAAUACAUUUUUUAAAAAAAGGCUCUGAAUAAGAGGCUUUGAUGUUCUGAAAAGAAUAAAUUUUCACUGUAUCCACAUUUCUUUCAUGGCUCAUCUGUUGCACUGACCACACUUUUGUUUAUUGGGUUGUCUACUAAAGUGCUUUUCAAUAUUCCUACCACCAGGCUAAAGUACAAGUGGCUGAGCAGACUGAAAAAGACAUCGACAGGACCAGAAGUCAAUACAUUCCCGUAGCUGUCAACACCCAGAUUUUGUUUUUCUGUGUGGCUGACAUGGCAAACAUUGACCCCAUGUAUCAAUAUUCGCUGGAGUGGUUUAUCACCAUCUUCCUGGGUGGCAUAUCACAGGCUGAGAGAGCAGGUACGACAUUCAUUGGUCAGUUAUAUGGUGCAGUUACUUUUUAUCAUCUAAAAGUUUGGAGGGAUGAUUUUCCUAAAACUGAUGGUUUUCCUCAUUAGCUAGACUAAUAAUAUUAUGAAAUAAAAAAUAUAAUUCUAAUAAUUAUGCCCAUGCAUAAUAUACCUUCUGGAACUAGUUUCAUUGACCAGAUGCUUUACACAAUUUUAUAAAAUAAUUAUAAGAAUCUUUUAUCAUCAUCAUAUCAUUUAUUAAUUAAUCUGCUGAAUAUAGUAAAAGACCAACUGACAUAAUCAGCAUUAAAUUUAAAUCUUAUAUUAAAGUAGGAUAUUUGAUAUUCACUCUUGCAAAUAUUUCCAUCAACAGACAACAUUCCUCAGAGGAUCACAAACAUAAACAACUUCUUCACGUUCAGUUUGUACUCCAAUGUCUGUCGCAGCUUGUUUGAGAAACACAAACUCCUGUUUGCUUUUCUCUUGUGUGUCCGCAUCCAGACUCACCAGGGCAUCAUCGACAUGGUAAGUAAUUAAUUAUUUCACUAGAUCAACAAUUUAUCUCAUUUAAGAGAUUUUAAGUAAAGCAAUACAAGUUUCAAUGGAGUAUGUUUUGAGGAACUUCUUGCUUUCAUUGGUGCCAGUAGUUGUAAAGCAAAAAGCAGUUAGGAUUACAUGGGAUUGUGGGGAUGUUACUUAUUAUUGAUUAAAGAUGGAAUCAAACCUGUACUUAUAUGUUUCCUGUUCAGUAUUGUACCAGAGAAACUGUUAAAAUAUCGUGCAUAUCUUUUGGCUUUAAAAAUUAAAUAUUGCUUAUUAUUGAUUAAAGCUGGAAUCAAAUCUGUCCUUAUAUGUUUCCAGUUCAGUAUUGUACCAGAGAAACUGUUAACAUAUAAUGUAUAUCUUUUGGCUUUAAAAAUUAAAUAAGAUGAUAACGGUGACCUUCUAAUUUCCGCUCUUGGCAAGGGAAUAUUUGUUUUAUUUCAUUAUCACAAGUGUAGACAAUACCCUUAGUGCUUGAAACUCUUAGUAAAGGGAAGCAACUGUUGGAGUUAUAUCAUUAUGGAGACUAUAUCAAAAUACACAAUAAUGGAAGCUUCAAAUGUUGACUUGGUAACUAUGACCCACAAUUCAAAAAUGGCCACUUAAGCCAAGAGUUGUUGAAAAAGCUUUGAACAUUUAUCUCACAGAGUGAGUGGAGACUGUUGAUUGCUGGUGGAACCAUCAGGCCUAAAGAUCUCCCCAAUCCAGCCCCAGAGUGGAUCUCUGAAAGAUCUUGGAAUGAGAUCCUCACACUACCAUCCCUUUCAAGGUUUGCCAAGUUUGCUGAGGACUUCAAGAAUCACCUGGAUGGAUUCAAGAGAAUAUUUGACAGCGCUGAACCUCACAGGUACCAAUAUAAAAUUACUUAAUGAGAUUUCACAUUUCAUUUAUAUUGGCAAAGAACCUUGUGUGAACAGAGUCUGAAUAUUAACAAAUUUUAACAUGAUUUCGCUGUUCAGUUGAGCGGACAUUUCACUCCUGGUGGCAAUUUAUAAUUUUUUAUUUUCUAACAUUAUUUUUUGCAUUUUUCACCAUAUAUUAUAUAUUAAUAAUUGUUUCUUUCAUCAAAUAGGGAAGAACUUCCAGGCAUCUGGGCUCAAGAAUUAGACAAAUUCCAAGCUAUAAUCGUCUUGAAAGCCCUACGUCCUGACAAAGUGUCCAAUGCCAUGCAAGAUUAUGUUGCUGCAAAUAUGGGUCAGAGGUUUAUUGAACCACAGACAUCUGACCUUGGCCUUGUGUACAAAGAUUCAUCUCCAACUACACCACUGGUCUUUGUUCUGUCACAGGGAACUGACCCUGCUAAUGACCUUUAUAAAUUUGCUGAAGUCAUGAGAUUUUCUAAGAAACUCACAGCCAUUUCACUCGGUCAAGGACAGGUAAUAGCUUUUUAAAAUGUAACCUAUGCUUUGUAUUUUUAUGAUUUACAUGUAGUAUGAUUUUUACAGUGUUUAUAAAUACUUUAAAAAGUUUUAUUAUUGUGUUUGUGUGUCAAAGACUGUUAAAUGUACAAGUGUCCGAGUUGACUACUUGCUAAUAUUUGUACAGGGUCCUCGAGCUGAGGCCAUGAUGAAGUCAUCAAUGGAACGAGGCAAAUGGGUCUUCUUCCAAAACUGUCACCUGGCACCAAGCUUCAUGCCAAUGCUAGAGAGACUGGUGGAACAAAUAGAUCCAGAUAAGGUUAAAUUCCUAAACAUAAAACAUAUUCUGAUGCUGUUAAAUACAAAUUAAAUUAAAGGUUAUCAAUAAAAACUAAGGGUUAUCAAUAAUGUUGAUGUUUAACAUAGCAUAUAUAUGAACCUCUGCUCUUCAUUGUAAAGGUCUUAAAUAUUUUUUGUGCCUAGUUCACAUUUGAUUAAUAUUUGAUUUACAUAAUAUCUAAAUAACACAUAAAAAAUCAUUAAUUGUAAUGGGCUGUUGUUGUAGGUUCAUAGAGAUUUCCGUCUGUGGCUGACCAGCAUGCCCAGUGAGAAGUUCCCAGUGUUCAUUCUCCAGAACAGCUCCAAGAUGACGGUAGAGCCACCCAAGGGUAUCAAGGCCAACCUAUUACGAUCUUACAUGGGCUUCACUGAUGACUUUCUCAAUCAGUGUGGAGACAGGGUGAGCUCCUUAGAAACAGUGGCUGUCAAUGACAUUGUGUCAAAAGAAGACACUAGGCAGAUUCUACCUUCAGUUCAAAUACAUUUAGCAAGAUGAAUCCAAUCUUUCUUAUAUGUGAGCCAAUUUUAUGCAUUGUGUUGCAUUUUCUGUUUUAGGUUGCAGAGUUUAAACACCUGCUGCUGUCUCUGUGCCUCUUCCAUGGUGUCAUCAUUGAAAGACGUAAAUUUGGAGCUCUUGGAUUCAACAUUCCAUACGAGUUCACUGAUGGUGACCUGCGUAUUUGUGUCAGUCAGCUGAAGAUGUUCCUCAUGGAGUAUGCAGAUAUACCUUUCAAGGUAAUCAGCAGCUCAGUGGGCAGAAAUUUAGAUUGCAUUAAAAGGGAACUUAAGACUACAUGGCUUGUGACAAUAUAUGGUGUAGGCCUACUUUUGAUCAUCAAUAUAGUAGAGAUUGUCUUCAAGCAGUAUGAAUGAAAUAGGAAGAACAUAUGUGACACCUUGAAUAUUUAAAUACAAUAUAUAUAUAUUGAAUGUUUUGAAUGUUAGCUCUAGUCACCAGAAUUUCAAAAGCUGUUUCAUUGCCAUCCUGGACUAGGUACUGGUGUACACGGCUGGUCACAUUAACUAUGGAGGCCGUGUGACUGAUGACUGGGACAGGCGUUGUCUCAUGAAUGUCCUAGGUGGAUUCUACAACCCUGAAGUCACAGUGGAGGACUUCAAGUACUCAGAGUCUGGCAUAUACAAGCAGAUCAACCCAGAUCUGGAACUCAGUGUAAGUGAGACAUAUGUACACAUAGUGUAGAUCCAACAGCCCAGGAAGUGGAGAUGACUUACUAUUUCUGUGGCAUGUUUUAACUCAUUCUGGCUAUCUUUUUUCUCUUACGACCUAUUACUUGGUAAAAGGAAAAAAAAAAGGAUUUUCUACCAUCAAUGUCAUAAACAAUAUAGUUUAAUUUGUUAUUCUAAUUAAUAUUUAAGAAAUAUUUAAUAACUAAAGAUCCAGGCACGAAAGAUGUAGUUUUAAAACAUAACUGCCAAAGAUAGUUUUUUUUCAAAUUAACUUCCAUCUCUCUGGCCACAGGGCUAUCUAAACUACAUCAGGAGUUUGCCCAUCAAUGACACCCCAGAGAUCUUUGGUCUCCAUGAAAAUGCGAACAUCACAUUUGCUCAGAAUGAGACUUUCAAUGUUUUGAGAGCUUUGGUUCAGCUUCAGCCAAAGACAGCAUCAGGUGGUGGAAAGUCUAGAGAAGAGGUUGGUUACAUAUCAUUUUGCCCCAUAGUGCUUACCUCUGGAGGUCUACAUUGUUAUGAGGCCAGGGGUAGUGUGCAAAGAAAAGGUCUAUUUGUCAUUACAUACCAAUAGCUCCUGAUUAUUAUUAUCAUAUAGUACUAAUUAUUUGAAAUUUUGUAUUUAUAUCAAAAUAGAGUUGUAGAGUACUAUGUUGGAAAUAUGUGCAUUGAUUUUCAUUUACCUUGUGUGGCAGAGUUGGGUGGUGGGGUGGGUCACUGGAAACUAACUAAUGCUUGCGGGAGAUUACAAUCUCCAAUAAUGUUGGCAAUCACAGCACAAUUUUAACGACAAAAACUGAACCUAGUUGACUUCAUUAGUUAAUCUUAUGUAAAUCUCUUAAAGGUGAUGGAAAAAACAGCACUGGAAAUCUUGGAUCAAAUGCCUACAGCUGUCAAUCUGUCAAUGGUCAUGGAGAAAUACCCAGUGAUGUAUGAGCAGUCCAUGAACACAGUGCUGGUGCAGGAGGUCAUCAGGUUGGUCAUUGUAUAUGUCUAAAUGAAAGGCCAAAAGCUAGGACGUAAUGAAAUAAAUUAGAAUGCGCCACAUUAAGAUGCCGCAUCUUGAAACUAUUCAACACUUAAAAGUCUAUUUUUUGGUUGGGUGUUAAUUUUUAAAAAAAUGUUAAGACCCAUUGAUUGAAUGUUGUAAUAAAGCCAAAGCAGACUGCAGAGAGAACAUGGCAUCAAUAAUGACUAUAGUUUAUAAGGGACUGUUUUUUUGUUGUUUUUUUUCUCAAGUAAGGAUGAACAUUUUUACUCCUGGGAGAAGUAUCAAGCUGUUGCCCUUAAAUUGACUGGCUAUUCCAUUUUCAGUGGAUCAGCAAAAUAUUAACACUGUCUCAAAUUCUCUCCCACCUAUUUUCAAAUAUUGAUGUUGAAGAAAUUUUAAAACAGGUACAAUCGACUGCUAGAUGUGAUCCAUCAGUCCCUGAAAGACCUACAGAAAGCCCUCAAAGGGCUUGUGGUCAUGUCCCAGCAGCUGGAAGACAUGGCAAACAGCUUGUUCAACAAUGUGGUACCAAGCAUGUGGGCAUCAAAGGUAGAUUAAUGUUUCUCUUUGGAUGCUCUGACAUUUUUAUUUUGUAGAUUUAUCUACAUUUUGGUUUAUUUAUUUAUAGUCUUCUUUUAAACCUACAGAUAAAGUCUGAUUUGAUUUUUAAAUCUCAACCACCACUGAUAAUUAAAUUUGAUACAUUUUUCUUUUAGUUUUGAUUUAUAAAGCUUUAAUAUUUCUCAAGCAUUCAUUAAAAAUCUUUGCCUUUAUUGAUAUUGCAGAUGAGAUGAAAAUAGCAAUAAAAACAAUAUGUUUAUAAUUAAUAGCAAGACAAACUGAUUUCGCCCAGUAAUAUUGAUGAUCAUUAUGUUUAUCUAAAUUUUUUUUUCAGGCGUACCCAUCAUUGAAACCUUUGGCAUCUUGGGUUAUUGAUCUUGUCACAAGGAUGUCAUUCAUACAGCAGUGGAUUGAUGAAGGCAUUCCACCAGUCAGUUAAAAUAAUAAUUUAAUAAAACUGAAUUUUGAAAAAAAACAUGUUGCUAAAAAAAAAAUUAGUAGUACUAUAUUUCGCUUUGACUUAUUGUAGACAAUUUUAAUAUUCAUUACAUUUUUAUGAUUUUAAUAAUAUGGGGGAAAAAAUCUCCAUAUCAGGCUGAUCAAAAGUAGAAAUGGCUAUUCAUACACUUUUUUAAGAAGCAUAUUUGAAAUGACAUCCUUUUUAAACCCAAUAUAUUCCUCAAAGAUUAACCACUUUUUGUUUUUUUCACAGGUUUUUUGGAUAUCGGGCUUCUUCUUUCCUCAAGCUUUCUUAACUGGGACACUACAAAACUAUGCUAGGAAGAGUGUCAUUUCUAUAGAUUCAAUCUCUUUUGAUUUUGAGGUGAUUAAAAUGACAUUUUGUUGUUGUUGUUGCUUAACUAUUACAUAUAUUGCUGUCUUUUUAUUAAAAUAUGUAAUCUGACCACAGCAAGUGACACAUUUUGUAUUUGAACUAUAAGACUAUACAAGAGAAGUAAAUACAAUAGUCAUGUUGUAAGAUGCGACGAUUAUAUAAAAUACAAUCAUGUAUUAAUUUUGGACUCCUUUUUUAAUUCAAGAUUAACAAUGUUUCUUUAUUACAAAAUUGUGCUUUACAUAAAGUCUUCUGCAAUUUCUAAAAUUAUGCUAUAUUCUUUGACAUCAUGCAAAAAAAAAAAAAAAAGAAAGAAAUUAGACAAAUUUUAUAAUAUUUAUUUAUCAUAAACUUAAUAAUUAGGUUAUGACAACUUUUUGAUGCUAUAUUAAUUUAUCUGAUUUGUUUUUUUAAUUCAAGAUUAACAAUGUUUCUUUAUUACAAAAUUGUGCUUUACAUAAAGUCUUCUGCAAUUUCUAAAAUUAUGCUAUAUUCUUUGACAUCAUGCAAAAAAAAAAAAAAAGAAAGAAAUUAGACAAAUUUUAUAAUAUUUAUUUAUCAUAAACUUAAUAAUUAGGUUAUGACAACUUUUUGAUGCUAUAUUAAUUUAUCUGAUUUGUGAGUAUGUAAAGGCCUAAAUUUUUAAAAAUUAAUUGUAUAAGAUAUUUUUUAUUAAGAACAUUUGUUAUCCAAUCAGGUAAUAAAAGAGAGCUAUUCAGAUCUGCAUAAAGCACCAGAGGAUGGUUGCUACAUACGAGGGCUGUUUGUGGAAGGUGCACGCUGGGACAGCAACAAGCAGUUGCUAGGGGAAUCCAGGCCCAAAGAGCUCUACACUGACAUGCCUGUCCUGUGGCUGAAACCACUUGCCAAUCGUAAACAGACAUUAUCUGGAAUCUAUGACUGCCCAGUGUACAAAACUCUGACAAGAGCAGGUGGGUAAUCAGCAUAUAUGCCUUAUCUUCAUGUAUCAUCAGUUUCCUUUUCUUAAAUGAAUUAUUGAGUACUUUGAGACAGAAUUACACAUUAAAAUUUAAAUUAAGCCAACAUACUGAAAAACAAAGAAUUAAAGCACACAGAGUAGGGGAAAACCUGAAGAAAGACAAAAUAAAACAGCAGUUGUUUCAGUUGGAAGCCUUUGUCAGCCCUCCCCAUAUUACUGAAGUGUAGGGCCUGAAAACCUUGAUCUUCCCCAUAGACUCAAAUACAGACCACCGUUGGCUUAUGUUCAAUAAUAUUUAAACCAGUUUCAUUACCAUUUAAAAUGGCAGGGUUAGUUUCUUAAAAUAUGUCCAGUGAAAUUUUUCAAUUUGUCAGAAGGUUUUUCCACAUGCUUUAUAAUCUUUUUCUUUUUUUUUUUUACAGGAACACUAUCAACCACUGGUCAUUCUACAAACUUUGUGUUUUCUGUUGAAAUUCCAACAGACAAACCACAGGAACACUGGAUCAAAAGGGGUGUGGCUUUGCUGUGUGCUCUAAACUAUUAGAUACUCAAGUGCUUUUGGUAUCAUUUAAUAUAUUAAUUUAAACAGGUCACUCUCAAAAGACAAAUUUAUGUUUAUCUUGUAAAAAUUUAAUUAUUACUGGAUUCAGAGUUUUAAAAAAUUAUGUUAAAAAAUCUUUUUUAUUGUUAAUCUCUUAGAUAUUUAUCAAUCAUGCCAAAAUUGUUAUAAAUCAUUGGAUUUGACUUUUCUGAUGGUCAGUCUGUAUAAAAAUAAUACUUUCAUGUAAUUUUUUUUUUAUCUUUCUGCUUUUCAAUGCUAAUUUAAAAGGCAAUCCAUUGAACUCCUAGGAUUGUUGUUAUUUUAAUUUUAUGUCAUUAUGUAUUAUCUUUUUUUUAAAUUUCAGUAGAUUUGAAAAAUCUUUUAAUGUAGAUAUAUUUACAAUGUCCUUUUUGAGCCUAAAUACCUAGCCUACUAUACAUUGAAAGUUAGGUUACACUUAUGAGACUUCAAAAAUAUAUUUAUUUCAUUUACAUGUUAAAAUAUAUACAAAUUGUUUAUCAAUUGUGAUAUUUAUAUAAUGUGCAUCUUUAUCCAUAAAAAUGUAAAUAUUUUGUUUCUUUUAACUUGAGUUCAGAUUUUUAAAGGAAAUGUCAACUUUAUGUAACUAACCUUCUUUGAAAUGUCAUUUGUGUAUUUUGUGUAAUAAUUGAAAUGAAUUUGUUUUUUUUAUCAAUGUUUUUCCGUCCAACAAUAACCUUACAGCUUGAACACUAUUGUAUAAAUAAUAAAGUUUUGUGAUCAACA